CUCCCUCCCUCCUCCCCGGCGGGUGCCUCUGCCGGGACCGGGUUGGGCCGGGGAGUCACAUGAGCGGCCGCCCAAGUCUGCCCUACGCGGCUCGAGGAAAAGCCUCGGCUGGGCCGCGGAGGUGGCGAGGCGCUGCGCGGCUGCUGGCCCCCAUCCCCGCCCCUCCUUCCGUUCCGCUCGUUUGAUGGAGCAGCAACAGAGCGACCACCUGUGAGGAGCAUGCGCUUAACGCAGGUAAUACAACACCCCCACCCUCCCGCCACCGGCAUCUCUCGCCUUGCGCUUCUCCAACUGCUCCGCUCCCACGCUUUUGUUCUCUCUUCCUCCGCCCCCACCUUGGCCGCUCACCUGAGGAAACCUCCUUUCCUCGGGCUUUGCGACUUCGGUGGGUUGGAAGACUCUUUGCCUCGAGAACUACUUUUCUCCCAGGCAGGCCAGGACACAUUUGUACCUGCGGCUUCCCAGUAGAUGGUCCCCUCCCGCUUUCUCCACCGGGCCGCCUCCUCUCAGCCUAACCUAACCUCGUGUGGAUAUUGUGAGAAAUAAAAUUGGGGAGAUCUCGUCCACCACCGCGUUUUUUCUCCUGUAUGGUCUCCGGGCACGUGAGGAGGACACAACUUUGCUGGGUCUGGUCGGUGCCGGGUGGAAGACGGAGUGUGGGAACCACGUGUGUACUGCCUUGGGUUUCGUGGUGGAAUAAAUGUAAGGCCCUAGGAACAAAUAAACAACAUAGUAAAUGGUAUUAUGUUUAUAAGCAGCUCAAAGUAAGGAUGUAAAAUGGCCACCUGUUCAUUGCAUGGUGCCUAAACUGUUUGCCCCCAUUUACAUACACGCACACUAGAGAUUUGACUUAGAAACCCCAAGGAAGGAGCAGAAUCUUGAACACAGUCUCAACUCCAUACUAAACUCAUACUAAAAUUUUAAAAUAACUCAUUUUCAUAUACUUUAAUCAUCUAGUCCUGGAAACUUUACUAUUUAAGGCUGCAGUCCUAACAAUGACUAAUCAGAAGUGCUUGCUCCCAGGUAGGUGGAGUCAGGCUUGCAGCCUUAAUCUCUCCCCCCUCCCCACUUUUCUUUCUGCCUUCCUUCAGGUAGCUUCAAGGCACAGAACGAACUCAGUAGAUAAGGCCACUGAGGUGUAAUUAUGACGUUUGUAUCCCACUUUUCCUCUAAGGAGUAUAUGGCAGCAUACAUGGCUUUCCCCCUUCCCAUUUAACCCCCUUGUGAAGUAGGUUAGGCUGAGAGACUGUGGAUGACUGGCCCAAGGUGACCCAAUGGGGUUGCAGUCCUCAGUGCUGCCUCCCUGGAAAGGGGAGGUACCAUACCAAGUAGCUCACUUGUGGAGACAGGUCAAAGAGCAAUGCCGGCCUGACCAUCAGAUGUGGGGAACAAUUCGGAUAAGGCGUCACAUUAUUCUGCUGCUGCCUCCUGGUGGGUGGGCACUCUAGGUGGCUGGCAUACUGGGGUGGGCAGGCAGAUAGAUGUCUCAACAGCUGCCAGUAACUUACCCAGCCAAGACAUGCGGAUGAAUGAACAGUCAGAUCCCAAACAUGUUGCCCUCCUCCGGAUAUGUGACACGUGUGUGUGUAUGCUGUGCUGCUACUGUCAUCCGUGCUACCUCCCUAGCACAGCUUUCCUGGCUCUGUCUUCAAAGGAGAAUAGGCGAGGAAAGCUAUUGCCUGUCCCACCACUCUUUCAAUGUGUUAACUAAUCCAGAUGGUUCCCCUCAUCUCCUUGUUGAGCCAGCACUGUUCCCUGACCUUCCUUCACGCACAGGUGAGCUGCUUGGCAUCCUACCGUUCCUGUACUGGAAUUAUUCACCUACUGUAUAGCUGUGAAGUUGAGUGUUGUCAGUUUAGACCUUGAAGGGGUUUCCAUUUCUUUAAAUGGGAGCUGCCUAGAAACAAAAAAAUUAAUCAAGUGAAGCUUUUUCCAACAGUGUGAUCUGAGAUAAUGGAAAGCAGCACUUGGGGAAACUCUCCAGUACACACCUCUGAAAAGAGAUGAGGAGAGUUUUCCAGCUUUAAACAUGGCAACUUAUUGAAGCCUCCUACACAUUUGCUUACUUAGACAAACAGGUACACUUCUGCCUCGUUUGUUGUCAGAGAGUGGGUGGAUUUGGGGUUGUCUAGCCCAGGAUGUGGGUGGCGCUGUGGGUUAAACCACAGAGCCUAGGGCAGGGGUCUGCAACCCGCGGCUCCGGAGCCGCAUGUGGCUCUUUUACACCUUUGCCGCGGCUCCGGGGCGGAUACUAGCGAGGGGAGGAGGCGCAUUGUGCGCCCCGACACUCCCCACUGUGGUGGGCGCUGUACUGGCUGUGACGUCGCAUGGGGGCGGUGCGUGCGUUAGUUACGCACCGUCCCGACGUCACCUUCCCGCCUGCCCGCUACAUUGUAAGGGGCAUGUACGCUGGUCACUGUUUUGAAGGGGAGUGAAGAACACACACACACAAAAAGGUAACUUGUUAAUUUAACGUUUAUUUCUAUGAGGAGGAGUAAUUCUGAGGGGUCAAACAAAGAAAUAAUAAAAAAGUGACAAAAAAGUUAUUUUUAUAAUAACGAGUUUUGCGGCUCCCAGUUUUUUUUCCUUCGGAAACGGGUCCAAGUGGCUCUUUUUGUCUUAAAGGUUGCAGACCCCUGGCCUAGGGCUUGCCGAUCAGAAGAUUGGUGGUUCAAAUCCCCGCGACGGAGUGAGCUCCUGUUGCUCGGUCCCUGCUCCUGCCAACCUAGCAGUUCGAAAGCACAUCAAAGUGCAAGUAGAUAAAUAGGUACUGCUCUGGUGGGAAGGUAAAAGGCGUUUCCGUGCGCUGCUCUGGUUCGCCAGAAGUGGCUUAGUCAUGCUGGCCACAUGACCUGGAAGCUAUACGCCGGCUCCCUCGGCCAAUAAAGUGAGAUGAGCACCGCAACCCCACAGCAGCACCACCCGCAUCCCUUCAGAAUAGUUGUAGCCAAAAUGUUGUAACGUUGUAAAACGUUGGAGCUCCAGGUCAAACUGAUUGCUGCAGACAUGUUAUGCCAUGAAGUUACUAUGUGAAUUGUUUUGCUUGCUUUCUAUAAGCCACAUGGCCUACUACAGAACCUGGAGAGGAACUGGUGUGGAAAACUGUCCAUUGUUCUCCUAUUGAUGGUUACUAGUCCUGAUACAAACUACCGCCAGGAUCAGUGUAGGGUAAUAAGGUGAAAAAGAGGGCAGGGUUACUGCAGUUUAUUUGGUAAGUUGAAGGUACGCCUAGUAAGCCACACCAGGGUUACAGUUAGUGCAGUUUAUUUGCUUAGCAGAAGCUAUGUCUAGUAAGCCACACAUACUAAAAUUCACUCUUUUAUACAACCAUAAAAGGCAUAGCUGUUAGUUUUUUCCUUUUUUUAAGGGAAAUUCCCUUAUUCCAAAUAGGAUUCCUCGCAAGAAAAGGGAAAAGUUGACAGCUAUGAUUAAAGGUGGAAGAGCCCUAUCCUUUUCUACUCCUGGCCGCUCUUGAUUGGAAGCAACUUGUUUCUGGAUACCAGCUGGUGGAGAAUAACAGUGAGAGAGUAUUGCUGUACUCAUGUCCUCCCUGAGGGCUUCCCAUAAACAUCUGGCUGGCCACUCUGAGAAACAGGAUGCUGGACUAAGUGGGACUUUGAUCUAACAUAGCAGGGCUAAUGUUCUCAUUCUUUUUAUAAUCAACAAAAAUGCCUGUUCACUUUUUUUUUUUAAGGUGAUCCCUUAGUGGAAUCCUAGGAAAUGGAUCCAGGCUCCUUGAAAUGUUUGUCUUGACCUACUUGAUGGAGGUACCUUGCAGAAGACGGUGAAUGUGAGGCGGAACUGGGCUGGGCUGGGCUGGCCACUUAUUUUUCUGAAUUUGUUACUUCUGCCUACCAUGGAACAAGGCGAGAGUCAGCAGGGACCCCCACCCGAGGGCCAGGAGGACAGCAAAAGCAACACAAGACCUUUGCCUGCUGGAGCUGUCCCUGUUAAGGGGGAAAUAAAGAAACAUGCAGUCACAGACGACUACAAAAUCUCUAAGCGGGUGCUGGGCCUUGGCAUUAAUGGCAAAGUAAUGGAGUGCUUUCACAAGGCGACAGGGAGGAAAUGUGCUUUAAAGGUAAGUAGCUGUUGUUUCCAGACAAGAGUGCCUGGCGUGCUCUGGUCCAUGGGGUCAUGAAAAGUCGGACAUGACUAAACGACUAAACAACGACAACAAGCUGUUGUUUCUCCUUAUUUGGAGGCUAAAGACAAGUGUUGUGCUCUCUUCUGCGGUGGUCUAGAUGCUCCUGAAGAAUUUGAAUUAGAAAUUCUCUAAAUUGCAUGGAAACCUUAUGUUAUUGAGGGCCUAGUUGUUCCAAACCUUUAAGGCUUUCGAACUGGUCCCUGAAUUAGUCUUUUAAAUUACUAAUUGUAAAAUUCUUUUGCUCCUUUGCGUGGGCUGAAAUAUGCUUCCUUCUCUUCUCUCUCUAUUCCCCCCCCCCCCGGCCGGUGAGUCAGAUAGUGAUUUGAAUGCUGAUGAUGCUACACUGUGGUGAACCAGGAAAAUAUUGCCUGAGUUACUGAGUUUAGCAGUGCAAGAGAUCUGAGAUGGAAACUCAAAAAAUGCAUUUCCAACAACACUUUAAUGUGGAUUUGACAACAAGACCAAUAGUACUGAGACUCAACGACCCCUGUCUAUUAGCACCCUGUUUCAUUUAACAGCAUGUUAUGCUUUUAUUCUGUUAGAACUUAGUCAUUUUCAUUGGUGCAGUGUAACAAAUGCUGCUUCAAGAUAUAUAACUAUAUAUAUUUCAUACAUAGUUAAUAUUGUGGUAAUUUCCACUGCAGGGAUGAGUGUUAAUCCACUGCUAUACUUUAAAGCACUUUUGGGGGAGCACUGUUGGAAUGUUUAACAGAGUUUUUUUGGUUUUUUUUAAUUUGCCAAAAAUGUUUUCAACAGAUGAUUAGAAUAAUUAAGUUGCAUUAAUUAUUGAAAGAGUAAACAUCCAAUUAUAUGGUGCACUUAUUAUACUUAUGGAACUGACACUGGUGACAAAACAAGGUCGUGACUAACAGGCUAGGCCAGAACCUUCCGGGCAGUUAAGGAUGCUGAGAAUGAAAUCAGAGGGUGGCGUAUACUCUAGCCUGAUAUAACCUUGAAUAAAUUAUAUGGCUAAGUUGCCAUAUAUAUGUAAGCAAGCAAACAAGAAGUGUAACUGCCGUGGAAUAUACUGGUUUGCCUAGAUGGCUCCUAGUCAUGAUAGCUGUAUGUUUUCUCCCUUAUCCAAGGCAAUAUGCCUCUAAAUACCAGAUCAUGAGUGGAAGAGUGCUCAUGAGUGGCAGAGUACUGUUGUGCUCGUGUCUUGCUUGUAGACUUCCACUUGCCAUCUGGUUGGCUGCUGUGAGAACUGAAUGCUGGACUAGGUAGAACAUCGGCCUGAUCAAAUAAGACUCUUCUAGGCCUGGAGGGGAGGCAUGAAAUUGCACACUCCUCUGCAGGUGUCCCCAAUAUUUCAUGAGCAAUGUUUUGGAGGAUAUGAGGUGGUGGGAAAGAAGCCUGUUGGCUGUUAGGAAGAUGGUGCCAGUGGCAGUACCAUCUGGAGUUGCCUUGCCUAGUGCUUCUCUUUACAGCACUGGGUUAAGGGAUUGUCAGGUAGUAGGAUCUAUGCUACUCUCAUUGUGGCUGGCUGCCAUCUCUUCUGUCAUUUCUCCCCAUCCAUCCUCUGGUAAGCUUGGAUCAGGUGGCCACCAAAGGGCCAUUGGAGGGCUUACCCAGGACACCAUCAUACUUGGCACUGCCUUGUCUAUGCUAAAUCAAGAGUAAGUAGCGGAUAUAUUCACAGUGCAAUCCUUACCCAGAAUUACCUUUGAGAUCAAUGCAGCUUACUCCCUAGUACGUUUGAAUAUGGUUGCAGCCUGAAACUGCUGGGUUUUUUGCACACCUAUCUGGAAGGAAGCACCACUGAAAAAAUGAAACAUUUUUCUCAGUAGACAUGUAUAGGUUUGUAGGGUAAGUCUCUUAAGAUCUGUCUCAAGUGUAGUAGUGUGGAUGUGCUUUUUAUAUAUAUGCGCUUAGCCUAUUGUAUGUGCAUGUUGAUGCAAUUGAAUGUCACAUCAAUAUUGUGUUACCUGAUUAUGCUGUAGGCUGGACUUGAUGUGCAAAGAAAGAUGUUAACCAAGUCUCCAUGCGUGCUGAGGCACCUUUUCAUAUGUGUUUUCUUGAUGUUUUUAAAGCUCCUCAUUCUUCAGACAAAUACUACUGCAGAUUGGUAUAGACAUCUGUAGUACAUAAUCUGCCCUUUUGUACCCAAAGAAGCAAAUUUAAGGCUUCGAUCUUAUACUUGGGAAUAAGACCUUUUGAACACAGUGGGUCUUGCUUUUGAGGAAACAUGUAUAAGGUGAGUCUGUUCACUAACAUUGCCAUUUAGACACCUUCACCAGGAAGCAUGUCCAGCUGAACACAGUUGGGCUUUCUGCUGAAAGCACAUGCAUAAGAACCCACAAGCAAGGGUGACACAAGUAUUAUUUUCACCUGAAUGAAUAUGCCAGUGUGAGGGCAUCAAGAUGUUCUUGCGCCAUGUUGGUUACCCCUGCCCUAUAUUUAUUUUUGGGCUCUUUGCAAGCUCAUUCAGUCACAAUUUCAUAAUUAGAAAUGCUGCUCUGUUUGCAAGGCUCUGCAUGCAACUGUAACAUCUAGGCUGCGAUCCCAUGUAGCAUAUAAACUUAUUUGGAAUAAAUACUGUUGCUCAGUGGACCUUGAGAGUAAGAUUGCAGUGUUGAGAGACUGUUGAGCUGCAUCUCUACAGAGAGGCGGAAGUCUGGUUCUCAGACAGCAGAUGAGGAGGUAACUCUGUACCUGAACUGUACCACUUCAUACUGUCAACUGGAGGGGAGGGUUUUACACAGUGGGAUGCUACACACAAAGCAAUUCCCUGCACUCAGUGUGUUAAGUAUUAAGCAAAGCACAUUCCUUCUGCCACGCACCCUUCAGUGAUUUGUAGUGCAAUCCUCUCUCCCUCUCCCUCUCCUUCCUUCCCAUAUUUUGUAUUAUAUAAAAUGUGAUAGUAUCAUUAUUUUUCACAGAGAAAUGCUGAUCAAUUACUUUCUUUAUGUUUAUUACAGCAAGAAGCUGAUUGCCCAUACUCUUAUUUGGCCUCAGUUUAUUUGCCGUUAACCAUAAACGUUCACAUAUUCAUUCAUUCUCCUAACUGGUUGUUAUAGAUCCCUCUCUGUAUUAAAAAAACUAGAAUUUUGGGGACAUUUUUUCACAAGUGACAUUAAGAGCAUCUUUAGCAUGGAAUAAGUCAAUUGGGUGUGUUUAAUAGUGGUUAUGUUAAAAGAAGAUUUGUUUCAAAAUGUGUAUUCUAGUCAGUGUCAUUCAGUUUGCAUAUUCAAAACUUAAGAUGCUCAUGAUUUCUGAAAACUGUGUCUUGGUAUAGCAAAGGUCUUGUUUCUGAUCAAUUUCUGUCUCACCUGGGAGCCUUGUCUAUACAUAUUGAUGUUGAUUCUAAUUGUGUAUCAGCAAUAAUAUUGGAAGAGAAAUGUGCUUUCAUGGCACUAACUCCAACUCAAUGUUGAUAUCUACAGUUAGCAGCAGGGUUGGGAGAGCAAACGACAAUCCUGUUAAUCCAUAUCCUAAUUGCAGUUGUUUCCUCUGGCAUACAGAAUGCUGAAAUUCAGGGUUCACUCCAGGUUUUGUAAGGCCCUUCAGAUGCUGUUGACCAUGGUAUUCUCCUGGAUCAGUUCUGUGAGUUGGGGGUUGGAGGCACCAUUUUUCAGUGGUUCUUCUCUCACCUGUAGGGCUGGUUGCAGAGAGUAGUGUGAGUGACUGUGUGUCAGCACCCUGACUGUUAAGUUGUGAGAUGUCACAGGGCACUAUUUUGUUCCCAGUGCUAUUGAACAUCUAUGAAACCAUUGGGAGAUUUGGAGCAUGAUGUCUUCAGUAUGCUGCUGACACUUACCACUAUUUCUCUGUAACAAUUGAAUUGGGAAUAAGUCCUGAACUGGUGCCUGGAUGUGGUGGCAGGCUGGAUAAGGGCCAAUAAACUGAGGCAGAAUCCUGGCAAGAUGCAGACCUUACUGGGUGGUUCCUGGGUCUGGGAAAUUUGGCACUCACCUUGUCUGGACAGUAUUGCACUCCCUUUGAAGACACAGGUUCAUAGUGUGGGGGUACUCAUCGGUUUCAUCUCUGUCACUAAAGGCUCCAUUGGUUCCAGCUGGAACCCCAGCUGUAGCCAUUCUUGGACAGUGAUAAUCUGGCCACAGUGGCCAUGUAUUUGUCUACUCAAGGCUUGACUCCAAUGCAAUUUCUGUGUGACUGCCCUUGAAGUUGGUCUGGAAGCUGCAGUUAGUGCAAAACCUUGUUUUAAGGAUGCUAUCAUCAACGCUGUACACCUUUAUCAAACCAGCUGCACUGGCUGCCUAUAGGUUACCAGGCCAGGUUCAAGGUGCUGUUACUUAUUUUCAACUCCCUGAACAACUUGGGUCCAGGCUACUUAAGAAGCCACCUCUCCCCUUACAUCCCUCCCUAGCCACCAUGUUCCAUGGUAGAGGACUUCCUGGUGGCACCAAGAGUUCCUACUGUUCAUUUUGCAGUCCACCACUGGUAGAGCUUUGAGUAUUGUAGCCCCUUAAAUGUGGAAUUCAUUACCAUCCAAGAUGAGGCACAUUCCAACCAUCUACUCUUUCAGAUGCAUGCUCCAGGCCUUUUUAUUUACCUAAAGCUUUUCUGAAUGAAAUAUUAGAUUAUUGCCCAGUGACCAUCUUCUGGUGUUGUACUAUAACUUUUUGUGUAUAUUUUACACUUAUCUUUGGUUUUCUGUGCACUAGUCUGAUACUUUAUAAUGUGAGUGUUUGAUAGAUAUUUUAAACUAAAUAAGACACACCCCAUCCCCCACUUCCUUGGUGAAUCUGCCUCCUCACUGCCCUUAGCACCAGCUGCUGGUCCUCUUUCUCACCAUAACUUCUGUCUGCUUGCUUGCCUGCCAGGCAGAGACCAGCAAGCAGGCAGUGUGGUAUCUACUGUUCUACUUUCUCACCACCACUAUUGUCUGGGGCAGAGUGAAAGGUGGAUGGACAAACAGGGGCAGCAGGCUGUUGUCGGUGGGAUGUGACACCUUAGCAGAUGUGGGACCUUGCUGACCUUGGGUUCUGGCCAGGGUCACAAAAUGACUUGUCUGGACCUACUAAAUUUCAAUCUUUAAUGACUAAAAAGAGAAGCCAAGAAGAAUGGCAUUGCUGGGAGAGCAAGUAGCCUUUCUUAAUGUCUUAUUCAAACUCUCUUGAAAGGAUUAUAUAUGCAAUUAUUUUCUUUUUAAAAAAAAUCACAACUUUAAAAUAGUCCCAGCGCUAUCAUUUGAACUCAUCUUAACAAUCCCAGAUAAUUAUAAGUAGGAAGGAACACUCAAUACACAAUAAAAUACAAAUGCUUUCAUUUUGUGUUUUCAUCUUUGUAUUCAGAAAGUAGGAAUGGGGAAAAUCCAUUAUUUGCAGAGAUAAAUGAGCACACACAACCGAUGCUCUGAGAUCCAAGGUGGUUUCUGUUGCUGGGAAUGCUGUUUCACAGUAGGCUUCCGACAUCACCAAACUCUCCCCAUCAAGGCUUUUCUGGACUUGGCAGAUGGCUUCUCUUUGCCAAAAAGCUUUCUUUCACUGUGGGAACCAAAUCAGAACAGUCUGUAUCUGGACAGACUACUCAAUAGAAAGAUUUUUUUUUUUUUUACUUAAGUACUUGAUGCAAAAGGUUUUUAAUGGACUGAAACACACAACCACAGAGCCAUAUGUCACUCAACCACUGCACAUUGUGAUUGAGAGGUCCAUGUUGUUUUGUAUAGUUCCUGUUAGAGGAACCGCUUCAAAAUGCUCACUAAUAAUUUUAGUCUGGGAAUAUAAAAUGUGGCUUCCCCAAAGACAUUGCAGGAGCUUUAACUGUGGCUUUGGUUAUUUUCCUAAAGUGUUAAGUGGUUUGAUUUGCCCCGCUUGGCAUAGCAAUUAUCUAUGCACUUCUUAGAAGUGCUGUCAACAUUGUUUCCCUUCGAAUGAAAUGCCACACACACUGCUGGCUUAGUCUAGAAAACCCAAACUGGUUUUCUUGCUCGAAAGCCAAACUACUUAAGGGCAGCAUUUCCAAGUGGAAGGAAUGCAUGGAAUUAAAAGGACAGAAGGAUAAGCAUGGCUAGUUCAUGCCAUCCAGGCCAACAUGAUGGCCAAGGGCUCAUACUGCUUCUUAUGUGGCCUCUUCCUGUUAAUUGCUUUAACAUGACUCAGUGACAGCUCAGAGCAGGCUGCUUUUGUGUGGUUAGCACUUUCAUGUGCAUAUAAAAUCUCCUUCUUUUCCCACUCUCUCCUUAUUUGGAAAAUACAAUGUCUAUCAGAUAUGGAAUACACUGAAUUAUAAUUCACAGUAUUUAAUGGUUAAGGCAGAGGUGCAUUAGAGUAAGGUGUGUUUCACUGCAUGGUGUGCAGGGGGGUCCCCCUUAUUGGUUCUGAUAAAAUAAUAUAAAUAAUCAAAGGGACAUAUUAACCAGAUUUAGCAAGCUGGGGCAGUGGGUCUUUCUAUUGCUCCAAAUGACAUUAUUUGUUGGGACCAAGCAAACAGUUGCAUUUUUAGCCCUGUCAGUGGUUCCCUAAAGCAACAUUAAAGGAUUUGAUUUGCAGGAAAGAAAACAAAUCAUUAAACUGAAUCAUACACAUAAUAGGCAAUCUUCUUUUUAAUUAUCAAUGAAAUCCAAACUAUUACUCCAGGACACAUGAAAGUAGCAUAUUGCAGAGGUUAGAGAUUGCAGGAAGCUAUAUUGCAGAUCUUGAAAUAGCUCCUUUGAAGAAUAUAUUCAUAUGUUUUUAUUUAGCUUUGCUCAAUAUGUAAUUGAUGGUUAGACACCUAAGAAAUAAAAUAUGGAUAAGCAUUUCUUUAAAAAAGGUCAUAUUUUGGCACUAAUAAUGAUUAGUACAGGUGAAGUCAGCCCCUCGAUAAUGAGUUCAACAGUAGUUUCAUGGAAUAUUUGAAGUCUCCUUUGAUUAUGAGGGAUCAAAACUCUUCCUUUCAGGGAGCUAAUAUAUCAUGAGCUAAUGACUUGUUGCAGAACAAGAAAUUUUGUUAUAGCUGGUCUGAUACUGAUCCGCAUGGCCUCUCCUGCCAGAGGAAUAACAGUCAAAUCUAGAGUGAAACAUUUCAAAUGCUUAACAGUACAAAACUUCCCACAGCUUUCAUAUGGGUAUGAACAUGGUAAAAUCCAGUUUAAAUGGCAGAGGAAGUGUAGUGUGACUAACCCUGAUUGACUGAACUCUUCUAUGCCCUGUCCAAGAUCCCAGGCAAUCUACUAAAGGCUACAAAUGCACAUUAAGAGUUUGGCUGCAAGGAAAUAAUAUAUGUGUAAGAAAUGCUUGUUUCCUAUAGUGUAUGAUUUGCAAAGCACUCCUCAUUUCUCAUUAUGCUAAACAUGUAUCUUACAGCUAGGUGAUAAUUCCCAUAGAGAGAUUAAUGUAGUAAAUCCCAGUCUUUACAAGGCUUCCAGGGGAGUUGCCUAGGUGUAUUUUAAAAAUGUAUCUUACAAAGGCUGGCAACAUACAUUUCUGUUAAAGCUUAUUUCUUAUGUCAGUUCAUUAUGAUUUUGGUGCAGCACCUAAACCUGUGGCUUUGAUAUGUUAUUAAUUAUGCUACAUUCUGGUGAUGCUGUGGGCGCUUGCAGAUGGUGGUGUGAGGGUUAAAUUACCUUAGAAUCAUAGAAUUGUAGAGUUGGAAGGAACCCUGAGGAUCAUCUAGAGCAGCGGUUCUCAAUCUGUGGGUUCCCAGAUGUUGUUGGACUACAACUCCCAUCAUCCCUGAGCUCUGGCCUUGCUAGCUAGGGGUGAUGGGAGUUGUAGUUCAACAACAUCUGGGGACCCACAGGUUGAGAAAGGCUGAUCUAGAGCAGCCCACUGCAAUACAGGAAUAUGCAGCUGGCCCAUAUGGAGAUCGAAACUGCAACCUUGCUGGUAUCAGAAACGCGCUCUAAUCAAUGGAGCUAUCUGAUCCUAUUAGUAACCAGAUAGUUUGGAGUCGAAGGAUUGUGCCUGGUGCUAGUCCUACUCAGAGUAAACACACUGAAAAUAAUGGACCUAAGUUGGUCAUGGUCAUUAAUUUCAGUGGGUUGACUGUGAGUAGGACUAGCAUUCGAUAUAACCCCAAGUUAACUGAUUAACUGUUUUGCAUUGUUAAAUGUUUAAAGUUAUGACGUUGGCUGCCUUGUAAAAAAGAAAAGAAAAGAAGAAUUGCUUAAGAGAGUUUAAGCAAGUUGAUUCUAACUCAUCAAAGUGGAAAUGCAGGAAUUGGGGGAGGUGGAGAGUCUGUAUAAACCAUAAUGUGUCUUUGUAAAACAGGCCAUGCGGCUGCUCCCUUUAUUAUGUUAUUUUCCAAUCUGCCAACAAACUGAAACAAGUUUACCCAGAUUUACAGCUUAGCUGGAGCCUUAGGAAGAUCAAGGUACCUUUCUACAGCUUCAGCACAUUUGAAGAUCUGUCAUAGGAUGUUGAACUAUCGCACCACACUAUGUGUGUGUGUUGGGUGUGUAUCAUUCAUUCAGGUGUUAGACCUAAGGUAAUUCAUUCAGGGAAGAAUUGCAGGAGCUGGUGUGUUUUAAUUCUCCCCACCACCUUACGUUUGUGGGGGUUUUUGGUAUGGUAUGUGGGGAAGGUUAAAGACCAGGCCUAUGGAGGUUGGCCCAUUUGGUCACUGCCCCACUAACUUUUGUCUUCUGGAAGUCCAGCCUCACUUACCUGCCUUCUUACUUACAAGAAACCCAAGGGAGGUAGUAAUUGUUAGCUUCCUCCUUCUUAGUCUCAGUGUUGCCUUUCUUGAACGCAGCAGGGGAGAGGAUGGGGAGAAAACUAGGAUUGGUCGGCUCUGCCUAUCAUUGACCACAGCUCCACCAGCUGUUGCUUCCCUUGCCUAUGAGUCCCAGUGGCAACCAUUCACCAGUGAACACCGUCAACCCCUUUGCCACUUCCCUUAUCAAACUAGCAGGCCACUUACGACUUUUAGAAGGUGACUUUAGGCAGCAUCACACAUUAUAGACAAGUAACAGCAAAGGAAACCUGAGUGAAUCAUACUUCCUCUGUAACUUGCACAAGCUGGAACCCUGAAAUUAUCAUCACUGAUAACUGGGUGUUGGCAACCAACUUUUGGGCAAGUUACAAGUGGAACUUGCAACAAAGUGUUGCAAUGUGGAAUCUCCUUGUUCAGAGUUUUCCAUUCCAUUCCCAGCAUUUCAUGUCCACAGAACAUGAUCAUUUUGCUUCUCCCUCCACCCACCCCUUUAGUGUGUUUUCCAUAAAGACUUUCUGUUCUUCUGCAAACCUUGGGAUACCCCGAACCUGCUCAUUCCUCCCUCUUGUUUGUAGAUGGUGCCCUUUUAGCUACAUAAGAACCUUCACUCAGAAAACGGAGUUCAUGUUGGCGUAUCUGUUGCAAUAAGCAACAGAAGAUUCCUUGUCUGCCUAGAUGAUGUUUGUUUUGCUGUAAUUAUUUAUGAUGAUACUUAACAGUGGAAAAAUAGCCAAAUGGGGCAUUUUUAAAGGAGCAUUUUAUUCCAUCCAUCGUCUUUCUUGGCCCUGGGGUGGUUUACAAAUGUAUUAAAACACCAUGUUCUAUGCAUUAAAUCAUAGUAAUACAUGGGAAGUGAAAUUAAAACAAAUACACAAAUAAGGUUGGAGAACCAACAAUGCUGUGGAUACUUCCAUAAACUCCCAAUGCUUCAAUGCUUGGGAAAAUAAGCAAAUUUUAUGCUGACACCAGCCAAACUUCCAUGAGGAGGGUGACUACAGUUAGAGCUCUACCAUAAGAACAUCUAGUCCAGCAUCCUGUUUUCAUAGUGGCCAACCAGAUGCAUGUGGAAAGCCUGUGGCAGCAUGCCUAGUAGCCAUUGAUGGCUUUAUAUUCCAUGAAUUUGUCUAAUCCGCUUAAAAAUAAAAAGGCAUCCAAACUGGUGGUUGUCACUACCUCCUAUGGGAGCAAAUUCCAUAGCAAUUAGGUGCUGUUUGAAAAGCUACUUCCCUUUGUCUGCCCUGAAUUUUGUACCAUUCAGCGUCAUUGGAUGGCCACAGGUUAUAGUUUUAUGAAUCAUAGAAUUGUAGAGUUUGAAGGAACCAUGAGGGCCAUCUAGUCCAAUCCCCUGCAAUGCAGGAAUCUUUUGCGCAGCAUGGGGCUGAAACCCACAACUCUGAGAUUACGAGUCUACCAACUGAACUAUCUCAGUGUGGUAGAAUGCUCUCCACCAUUGAAAGAGCCUGUAUAUGUGCUUUGUCUGAACACCAAAGUAACCACCGCCAGGGAUGUAAAAUGCCUGUGGUCAGACACUCCUCACACAUAGGAUAUCGGAUAAUAUCAUUUUAAGCAUUAUGCAUGGAACACUGGCAGUGAUGUGUUGGGAUGGGAUGUUUCAAUCAGCCCUUACUGGCUACAUUUCCUGGUUCUAGAUCCACUGCAAGCUGUGUUCCAUCCAAUGAAGAUGGAAUAGAGUAGAUGGCCUCUUUAAUGAGUUGGAAAAUAAUGAGAACUCCUUCCUUUUUGGAAUCAGUAGAAACCUGGGGUGCUGCCUUUCCCUAUGGAAGCACACAAAUUAUCUGGCUGGUGGUAUUUUAUACAAGACACCCUAAGUGUUUAAGAUGAUUCAAAGCUUUCUCAAUGAGAUUAAGCUAUAACUCUCUUGCAUUUUAAUGCAUUGUAAAUGCAGAGGGAAAGAAGUGUAGUUCAGCAUGCAAAUUAGCUCUGCACUUCCUAUAAUAUGACUCUUUACAAUGUGGCAGCUCAUGCAGGGAUGUUAAACAAAUUAUUCUUAGGGAGAGAUAACAAGAAGUGGCAAAUAUAUAUGUAAUAUUUGUUUUUAAAAACUGCUGUGGCAGAAUGCCCACAAACCAAUUUGAAAGUGUUACAUUUAAAGCAACAAUGAAUAGUAUUAUGCGAGCUAGCCAUAUCUCCUCUGAAUCCCUUUCCAUAAAUAUGGCGUACCUGAUACAUUUCCCCUCUGCAGUUGUUGAUUAUACAGAAUUAAUAGCCCUUGUUUAAACGGAUAUGCAACACUUGAGCAUUUUAAAUAGCACAUGCUUGCUACCUCAGUCACUUCCAAGAUGUUUGCUUGCAAUGAGUUUCUACCUUACAUAUUCAAGAUGAAACCUCUGCUAUAAUUUAGACAAUUAGUUACCUUGGAAUGGAAGCAAGGCAAGAAUAUCUAAUUAAAGAGGGCCUCUCUUGUUCAUUGUCUGACUAAUCUGCAGAAUAUAUCUAUAGUUCAGAAAUAGAAGGGGUGGGGGUUCCUAACUUCCAGAGAGCUGAUUCAAAUCCAGGAUAGCUGGAGCAGGUUCAUAGUCAUCACCUUUAAACUCUGCCUGAUAGUUUCAAGCUUCCCCCGAGAAAUAUGAUUUCUUCUGAGUCCAUAUUUCAAGAUAUUCAUGAGAGAGAAUUCAGGGCUUGACAUUUGAGUCAUUUUUAAUCUUUGGUUUACAUUUAUCUGGGGAUAAAGAUGAUCAUUAGUGUGUACUGUUUAAAAUACGAAAAAAGAACGGACACUACUCUUGGAGGAGCUAAAAAAGCUCCUAGUAUUUUUUUUGCUCGCUGGUGAAUUGUGAGUCAAGCCUUUUCUUUGCAGCUAUGAUGCUGUGCACCUCUGAAUUCAUUGCUCUUUACCAAAAUAAUAUGAAAAGGAAAGGGGCUCAAAACAAAUCACUCUGUGGCUAACCAUAUUCUUGUAGGUAAUUUCUUAUAUUUGGAAUAAGAAUAUUAAAUAUUGGUCAUCCAGUAAUCUUUUGGAAUUAAAAUCCAGCUGACCAGAUAAUGUUUUUGUAUCAUCCCAAUGAGUCUUAACCCAUGUUAUGGUGAAAUUAUGAACGGCAUGAAUGAAACAAAUGACACAUUAAAACUCUGGAAAACAGUGGGUUGGCUAUUACUGACAAGAGGAAUUAUGAUCCCAGCUCACCAGUUCCCAGGUGAUGGGGUUUUUUUCCAGGCAUAGCUGACACAAGAAGAUGUUUUGGAGUAAGCAGCUAGUGAUAGACACUUGUGCUAUGCUACCUACACAGACCCAGAAGAUGCAAGAGAUCAUCUUAGUGCUGGCACUGUGGGGCCUGUUCUGAACUUGUUCAAAAUAUUACUAGGAUUAAUUCUAUCUUCUGGAUGGUGCACAGAUGGUCCCCUCUCAUGCAUGCUGCAAAGAAUCAUAGAGUUGGAAGGGACCACAAGGGCCAUCUAGUCCAACCCCCUGCAGUGCAGAAGUCUUUUGCCCAAUGUUGGGGCUUGAACCUAUGGCCCUGAGAUUAAGAGCCUCAUGCUCUACCGACUGAGCUGUUGUGUGUUUGUGUUUUAACCACCCCCAAAAUUUCAAUUCUAAUUUUUCUUUUAGAAUCCAUUUCUCACAGGGCUUUAGUGAUUCCAGUUUCCCACAUGUUGCUUUCAGUCAAUGUGGCUUUGUCAAAAGCAGUCUGGUUGCCACAGCAACAGAGCUGUUAACACUAAAGAUGUCAUUGCUUGAAGGUAGGGAGAAGGGGGGAUGGGUUUCUCUGGCUCAGCUGUGUCUCUACAGCAGAAACCCCUAUUGCAGCCACAUUAGAGUACAAGGGCCCUAUUGUGUCUGAUGAGCAAAAGCCUUUUUAUAAUGUUCCUCUUCCCCUUUCCCUUUUAGAUCUAGUUACAGUCACACUUUGACACUUGGGGAGGUGCUUGAUCUGGUGAAGCUCUCUAUUCUCUUCGCCAGGCCUUCUUUCUGACCAAAUGGGGAGUUUGUGUGUAAAGCAGAGCAUGCUCAAAGGCCUUGACCUGCAGCCAGUGGGUUUGUCUUGGCAAUCUUUGUAGUGUGUAGAGUAUAACCCCAAAUGUCAUUGGCAUAGCUGUCAACUUUUCCCUUUUUUAAAGGGAAAUUCCCUUAUUCCGAAUAGGAUUCCUUGCAAGAAAAGGGGAAAGUUAACAGCUAUGGUCACGCCCGCCCCCCUUGCUGCUUUACACUAGAGUAGUGAAAUGAUCAGGAAAAUGAUCUGUGAAUCUGAGAGUCCCUGGUUCAAAGUUUACCUGACCCAUGAAUUCACCGGGCAAUAAUCCAAACAACAGAGCAUUUUGUGGCACCUUAAAAGAUUGCCACCCUUUUAAGAACUGCUGUUGGGCUGGUGCCACCUGCCUCAAGGUAAGGGGAGCUGGAUUAGAGCUGCUGCCUUGGGGCAACUGUGCUCGUUCCUCUACUUCUAGCACUGCCACUUGGGCAAGUUCCUGUUGCUGCCACCAUCACCUGUCAAUGCCAAUGGGGGACUGCCAAGGGCCCUGGCAAACCAUCCUUAUUACCUAGAUGAACUUGUUCAUAACGUCAGCUGAAUAAGUUUCUGGUUUAGGAACAUACAAGGCCAGACUACCUGUCCAUCUAGCCCACUAUUGUCUGCUGUGCUUGGCAGCAUUUAUGCGUAGUCUCAGGCAGAGGUCCUUCCCAUCACCUGCUACCUGUUCCUUUUAGCUGGAGAUGCUGCCAGGGAUUGAACCUGGGACCACCUGCAUGCGAAGCAUGUGCUUUGGCACCGAGGGCCAAAAUAGGUAUGAUGUCAAAUGCACACCUCCUUCUGAUAGUUAACUACCAGUAAGUAUGCUGUAGGGGAAGAAUAUGCAGGAAAACCUUGGGCAGAAUUCACCUAUAAGCAGAAGGAUUUGUGCUUGCCCUGCUACCCACCAAGUUGGCUCUGGAGGGACCAAGAGAGCCCUCAGAACAGCACACUAGGGAAAGAGAAGGGGGAUCGUUCUGCCUGAGAAGCCAAAAUGCUUGUGGUGAUGGGACAAUCAGAAGAACAUUGAGCAACCCCUCUUGAUUUGCGGGGGGUGGGGAAGCUGUUUCUCCCAACCACCUGUGCCCCCUCCAACAGAAGAAAGUUUAGCUGCACUUUGGGAAUUCUGAACAAUAAGCAGCAGCAGUUGAAGGCAGUGGGCAGGCACAAGGAGCGCAGAUGCAGGAUAAGAUGAAAAGCAUCCCCAGGAAUUGCAGCCCAAGCUUAUAUGGAUUAUAAUUGAUCAACAUUUUCUAAAUCCUUUGUUGGUUUUUAAAAAGGAGAGAGGGUGGAAGGACUCACGAGCUCACAUGUCCACAUUUCUUAAUUUGCAUAGAGGGAUAAAUAAAGUUGACGGUAUUUGGAACGCUGAAGAUAUGUGCACAAGAUAAAUGAUGGCAGUAAACCAUGGGGAAGGCUUAGAGCAUGUUCAAUUUAAGUCUACAGCAAUUAAUUACAGUCCAAAAGAGAAUACUAUGAUGGUAUUCAUCGGGAGGAAGGGCUCAGAGAUAAUAUAAAUGGUGUUAAAGAGCUUGAAGUAAUAUUUGAAAACUCCCCAAAAUCAAAGCAUAUAGCCUUUUAGGAAAGUUGUUGUAUUUGUAAUUGGGAUAUUAAAUAUAGAUGUAUCAGUGAUAUUUAGGAAUUAUUGGGGGAAUUAUAAAUUUAUUAUUUAAAAUUUCAGCCCAGUCCUGUGAAUAUUUAAGUCUCAUGGGCAACUAACUACUCAUGGUGAGCUUGUCAUAAAUACCAGGAAAUGUCCUAGAACAGAUAUUUGAACAGUGGACCAGAGGUUGUCGACUCUACUUCCUUGGAAGUUUUUCAGCAGAGGCUGGAUGGCCUUCUGCCAUGGAUACACUAGUUGAGAUUCUUGUUUCAAGGGUUGGACUAGAUGGCCUUUGGGGGUACCUUCCAACUCUGCAAUUCUGUGGGUUUAUUGGGCGCUUACUCUCACAUGUAUUGUAUAGGACUUCAAUCAAAGCACAAUCCUAACAAUGGUUAAACUGCAGUAAAUGACAAGUAUUCUUCUGGGACAGUUUUCAAGAAGCUAUGUUUCUGAUUGCAGCUGUAUUGUUGAGCAAUCCAGUCCUGUUCAGAGCUUGUUAGCAAAUGGUUUAUUGUGGGAGCAAGGGAAGAUAUAGCUGAACUGAGGUCCUCCUGAUGUUCUUGUACUGCAAAUCUCAUCACCCCCUACCAUUGGCCAUGGGGGCAGGGCUCAUGGGAGUUGGAGUCUAACAACAUAUGGAGGGGCACAGGCUGUAAUUGUAACCCUACUUACCUGAGAGUAAUUCCCACUGAAUUCAAUAGGACUUAACUUUUGAGGAAACAUUGUUAAGAUUGUCCCGUUGAGCACAUACAUCUGGAAGAAAAUGGGGCAGAAAAAGGGCCCAUCUAUACUGGUGCUUUUUGUGGGUGUAUUCUGAAGAUCACUAAUGAAACAAUAGUGCGUUGGUUGUGGAUAUAUAGUGUAUUAUUUUACAUCUAUUUACAUUACAGUUCCAUGCAUAUUGUCAGGAAGAAGGCCCAAUAAACCACUUUGAGUAAUAUUUUUGAAAAUUGGAUUCUUAUUUUUUGUAAAGUUAAUGUAAGGUUUCAAGAAACUUACUAAAAUGGGGAAACAUUCGGAAUAAAGAGUACUAGGAAUGAAGAGUAUUGUUGAAAAGAAAGGAAGUUCAAAUUUCAUACCCAAUGUUAUAAACCUGUGAAAUAAAACUUGAGGAGGUUUUUUUUAAUUAAAGAAAUUAAUGUGUUAAUAACAGUUCAGAUACAAUUUUUAGCAUAAAAUAUUUUAAUAUAUAACAAAUAUAAUUUAUAAUAUUCUUAAAGAGACUAAAUGGCUUUCAUCACAUAUACUGUAUAGUACUGUAUUUUUUGUUCUAUAAGACUCACUUUUUCCUUCCUAAAAAGUAAGGGGAAAUGUGUGUGCGUCUUAUGGAGUGAAUGCAGGCUGCACAGCUAUCCCAGAAGCCAGAACAGCAAGAGGGAUUGCUGCUUUCACCGCAGCAAUUCCUCUUGCUGUUCUGGCUUCUGAGAUUCAGAAUAUUUUUUUUCUUGUUUUCCUCCUCCAAAAACUAGGUUUGUCUUGUGGUCUGGUGCGUCUUAUAGAGCGAAAAAUGCGGUAAUUUCUGUCCCUCUUUGCAGGGCCUCAUUGUCAUUCAUAUGAGGAACUUUGUCUUCAUUUCUGAUUAAGUCACAGGGGUAUCACAGCAGGGUAAAACAAAGUGAUCUUUUCCUAACCUCUCCCAGUUAUACAGGACAAACUGCUGUGCAGACAAAUCCCUUAAAGCGACUUUUUAAAGAUUUCAGUCUUAAAAUACAUGUCAAGCUACAAACCUAAUUUAUAGGAAACCUGUAGUGUUCACUCCUGCAGGAAGUUGAGAAAAUACAAUGAAUUUUUACACAGCAAGGAUUAUUUUAUGAGAGGUAAUAAAUAUGCACCUCUGGAAGCAUAUUAAAUUCUGCAGGUUUGAUAUUUUGAAACUAUUAAGAGUUAUGUUGUGCUUUUGCCAAAGCGUGCAGUAAUAAUGCUGGUAUUGAGACUUACUCAGGAAUGAAUUUUUAUUUCUCUUUCCAUAUCGGAGUUCCUACUUUUCAUAACCAGGAAGACCGGCUGCGAUUGUGCAUCUGUCACAAGAGAUCACAACUGUCUAAUAGUGUAGCCCUAUAUAAAUAUAUACUGAGACAUAAGUUCCAUUGAGUUCAGUUGUACUUACUCACAGGUCACUGUGUAUAGAAUUUAUGCACGUGGCAGAAAUUUGGUUUGCAUUUUAAUAUGAAGCUUUUAAUUUGCAUUAAUUUGCAUUAGGCAAGCCAGAAUGCAAACUGUCUUUUGAAAUGUGCACAUUCCUGGCCAAGCAGGAAAAAAAAAUGCAUAUGAAGAAACCAAAGUAUUAGGAGUUCACACAAAAAUUACGUAUUUGAAAAAAAGCAUACACAAAUGCAUUAUCUUAGGAAAAACUGCUUGCAGUAAUGUGUACAUUAGGAGAAAUGUGUACAAGAAUGAAUAUGAUUUUUGUGGCACUUUUCCCCCCCAAAUCAAAUUGAUGCAGAAACUGGGCAAACUGAACUGAAGAUUAGAAAAAUGAGAAACUGAAACUGACAGAUUUGCCCAUCCCUAAGAGGACUGUAGUCUAAGGCAUAUAUGUGCUACACUUAAAUUAACUUGCUUAAGGAAGGAAAAAACUUGGAGUCUAUUAUAUUAAUGGAACAUCCUUCUGUCAUGUUCUAAAUUUAUGUAGUAGUCAUGUGACUUGAUGCAAUGUUUAGGAAACACAAGAGAGAAUGCAAAUUAUAGGAUGGGGGACACAUUGCUCUAGAAGCAUAAGGAAUUCCAUGAAUAUCUAUCUAUGACACACAAACACAUGCACACACACCAAAGGCAUUACAAUUAGAAAUUGUUCUAUAAGUAUAGGAAGAAGUAGUAGGGGAAAUUGGACAUUUAAAAUUUGCAUGUCUUUCCAAAAAAAAACAACAACCUACUUCUAGAGGAGAGAAUUGCUAGAAUAAAUAGCCCACCUGGAUUUUACAGGAAAGCUCAAAGAGGAAGCUAUUGGAUGCUCGCUUGCUAGCUGUUUCCCAUACAUAACAUUUUGAAUUCCAGGGUAAAUUUGUCUUGCCAUGCCAUGUCUAUUGCACCUGUGCCAUUUUUGCUGCAAUCCUCUAUCACUGUAGGCUCAACCUUCCUAGACUUCAAUGUGGGUUCUGCUCCUGCUUCAGCUUUGCCCCAUGGACUGAAAUCCUGCAAAUCCAACAUCAGCUUCCCUUGUUUAAGUUUUCAUUGUUAAAGGUUUUUGGUUUUAAUAGUUUUGUGUUGUGCACCAGUCUUAGUAAUGGAAAUUUCACAAAAUGCAAAGUAGAUUGCAUCUACACCCAAUGUGUAUAGAAAACAGGUAGAAAUUUAGUAAAGAUGACACAUGGAAGAAAAUUACAAAGACUGAUCAUUUUUAAAAGAAGCAGCACAGAAGGUUAUCACAGCAUUAACAGUAUGUAAAAAGCUAUCAGAAACAAGAGGGAAGACAGCUGUUGGCUGGUAGAAAAUAGAGCAAUGGGUUCAGAGUUUAAUUUCAUUAAAAACAGGUUUGGGUUGAGGUUAGUAUGGCCCAGAUUUAUGGAAUCACCUUUUCUUCCUGAGCUCUUCAGAAAGACUGGGAUAAUGCCUUUCAAAUACACUUUAAAUCUAGAAAUUCAUGAUGAUAGAUAAUUUUAUAUUUUGGUUGAAAGCCUUUUCCAGUUGUAGGAUAGAGUACUGCAGUACUUAAUGUAUUUGCUUUAAUUUCCAAGAGCUGUACAAGCAUGAAUGUGUUGACUCAGCCUUGGAAGAAAAAAUACUGUUGCCCUCUUCUUACAGACUGGAGAUUUAGGCUCUCUCAAGGUCACCCCAUGGUAGCAACAAGACUUGUAUACAGGUUUCCAGCUGUGUUGUCUAGGCAUCAGUGUCCAUGUGCAUGGUACUGGACCCUUGAUCUAAUAGAUUAUCUGUAACAGGUAACAAGUUCCUUUCAACUCUACUAUUGUGUGGUGGUUUGUCCCUUUUAGCAAAGAUUCUCCCAUGUACGACUUACCAGUAUAGUGUUACCUCUGGAUAUGAACAGGAUCUGUUCCAGAGUCCCGUUCGCAUCCUGAAGUAAACAUAACACACGAGUGUGCGGGUCGCGUUUCGCUGUUUUGCACAUGCGUGUGACGUCAUUUUCAGCGUCUGCGCAUGCACGAGCGGUGAAACCCAGAAGUAAGGUGCUCCGUUACUUCCGGGUCGCCGUGGAGCGCAACCCGAAAAUACUUAACUUGAAGCUACUUCAACCUGAGGUAUGACUGUAUUGGUGCAUUUCUGUUCCAGUGUCUGUUCUGAAGACAGGCACAGCAGAGUACUAAUUGCUCUUGUUAAUUGAAAAUCUUGAUAUUGGAGCACUUUGUGCAAUUGAUCUGAGCAUUUAGAAGAAGCUACUUGCAUACAGUUCCUGCUAUGUUUUUCCCCCCCUAACUCAACAAUCCUAGUUCUAAACUUGUGAGAAACAGUUUGCUCUUUUUUAUAUCAUUUGUUUCGGACGCAGAAAACAUGGUCAGAUGUACACACAAUUAAAUUAAUCCCCUUUAGUUUUUCAUAGUAAUAUAAACGGCUGUAAGAGCUUCAGAUUCUGGAAAGGCAGCCGCUUCUGAAGUUGGAUUUAUCUGCGUAUUGGUUAAUCACUUCAGACAGGCGCCUUACAUUCUGUCAGAGCCCUCCAAUUAUUUACAGUACACAAAUAAUUAGUGAAGCACAAAGGGACAAAACUGUUAGCUGCCUGUACUUCUGAAAUUUAUUGUACCAGGUAAGCUUGCUGAAGGAUUAACUGGGUUGGGUUUCAGUGGAGGCUUGCUAAAUCUGGAAAGUGACAAAAUGUCAUCCCACAGGAUUUCCAAAAGCAGCCUGAGAAAAGACAGAUAGAUAGAAAAGGAUUGAUGAGAAGGUCAAUUCAUUUAGAAACUGCUGCAAUUAUGAUGGAUUGAUAUGGAGUGGAAAUUUCCUCCAGUCUCAAUGCUGUAUUAUCUUCUUCUUGUUGCUAAGGUGCUCAGUGGCUUACUGAGUGUGAAAGGAGUGGGAUGAGCAAGGAAAAGAUUUGGAGUAGCUUGAAAGACAGCUAUGCUUCAGAAUUUGACAGAUGCUCCUGAAGCUACAUGCCUAUUACUAUUAAAAACAUUUUGUGUUGAAUAUCUGAGAAGCAUAACUGACUUGUCACCAAUGGAAAAAAAGUUCAGUAUUAUAAACUGAUGUUAUUGAUUAAAGGCUUAUAAGCAAUGUGCUUCUUCACAUCCCCUAAGUAGCUCAGUGUGGUGUGUUUUAAUUAGGACGUUUAAAGUACAGACAACUCUCUGUUUGCACGAGGGUUGCGUUCUGGGCAUUCAUGCAUGUCGGUGAAGUGCACAUAAGCCUGUCCCAUCCCAUUCUUCCCCUGUUCUGGAUCCAAAACGACCUGCAUGUUGGUGGUCGUGUGUCAAUUUGAAGCGUGCAAAAUGGUCGCCGCCUGUAUUCAAAACUUAUGGCAUCUCCAGGGGGAUGGUUGAUAUAUGGGAACCAGAAACCUGGAGAAUUCCUUAGAAAAAUACCACUUUUUGUAUUAACCUAUACAUAUCCAGGCUUACCAUAUGUGCACAGUAAUGCUAUGGAUAUGAUUGUUUAGCUUACCCUAUCUAUAUUAAUUGGCCAUACUGUUUACUUCUGGUGACAAUUUCAUGAUUGACCUCCCAGGAAGACCAUGGGUGGGUUGAAAUGCGUCUGGUCUUCAGCAUCCAUUUUCUAAUUGUUGGUCACAUGGGCUUGAUGUUUAGGCAGUACCUUGCAUUGCUCUGUUCACAAUGAAGACAUUUUAGAAACAUCAUUUAUAUGCUGUAUGUAUGGUUAUAUAUGUGACAAGAUUAAAGCUUAAUUCUAUUUUUUAUAUAUUUUAGUAGCAAUCCUUUUUUUUUUGCUCAUACUCAACUUUAUGCCUUAGAAUUACAUGUUGUCAACAUGUAUUCAUUUGAGAAAAGUAUACAUUCUUUAAAAGGUGUAUUUAUUUAUGAAACACUUCCUAGGAAGCAUCUUUGCAAAAAUCUCAAAACUUAUGUAACAGAAUUGCAUAUAUAAAAGCAAUUUGAACAGUUACAUAUAUAGCAACAGUUUUAAAAAACACACACACAUGGAAACAAUUUCAAGUUCCAAUACAGAUAACUGACUGGUAUCUAUAACCGUUCACCGCAGUUGUUGUACAGAAUGCUGAAAGUGUGUGGGGCGGGGGGGGGGGGAAUAGAAAUAGAGGGAUGCAUUCAAUGAGGGGGAUAUUUUUAGUGCUGAGAAAUAAAAUUGUUUGGGGCAAAUGCAAAAUAAUGGAAAUUAUGCUCUGAGGGUAUUGCUACAGAUUCAUACCAAAAGGGGAAUGAACAUUUUGAAAUCAAUAUCGAAGUGGUUAUUAUGGCCAAGAAAAGGAUUGCCGUGUUUUUUGCUCUAUAAGACUCACUUUUUCCCUCCUAAAAAGUAAGGGGAAAUGUGUGCAUGUCUUAUGGAGUGAAUGCAGGCUGCGCAGCUAUCCCAGAAGCCAGAACAGCAAGAGGGUUUGCUGCGCAGUGAUCCCUCUUGCUGUUCUGGCUUCUGGGAUUCAGAAUCCCCCCCCCCUUGUUUUCCUCCUCCAGAAACUAGGUGCGUCUUGUGGUCUGGUGCGUCUUAUAGAGUGAAAAAUACUUAGUUCUCUGUGUGUGUACACAUAUAAUGUGAGUAGGACCAAUUGAAAUCUGGCUAGGCUCUGGUUCUCAUUCCAGAAUUAAGGUAUGGCCACAGCGGGUACAUAAGCCUGAAGCUCGCUCCUGUGCAAUGCUGUGUCCAGUCUUUGUGAAUUGCCAGCCCUGUAUGUCAGACUGUUCCUUUGUCGUGGGGGGAACAGUUGUUGAGGAGUAUACCUGGAAGUUAGAGCACCUCGGCCACCUCUGUUUCCACUUUAUGAGAAGCUGAAGCACAUUUGGUGGAACAACCAUAUUUAGUAAUGAUUUAAGGAUGAACUCUUCAGUGGAUCAGUAGAUUAAUCAACCAAUGCUUGGGUUGAUUCAUCAGUUCAGACAAAUGUAAAUCUGGGGAUGGGGAGGCGAUUGAAAAGAAGCAUACUUUGUUUAAACUAUUUUGGCUCUAACAUCAAACUGUGAUAGGAAACUGAAAAAGAAAAUGCUGUAUGUUAACAUAGACUUUAUUCCACCAUCUUCAUGUGCUUUUGGUGAUACAGAAAUUUGUUUAAUUUAUUAAAUGCAUGAUUAAUAAAGUAGAAAAAGUCUUGAAUCAGCAAUCCUACAGGAGUAGGAUAACUGGACUUUUUAAAACAAAAAGUGAUGUUCUAGAAAGUAUAAUUCUUUGAAAGUGAAUACAACUCAAGACAUGGUGCUGCUGAUGUAAACUGACAUAAUAGUUACAGCAAAUGUGUACUACAGCAUUCCAGUAUUUUUUAAAAAACAUAGGUUAUUAGAGUUCACAUUGUAUUUCACCCCGUGUUUAUAACUGCAUGUAAGCACCACACAUCAUUGCUUGGAAGAAGCAGCUUCAAGUCAUCUGAACCAUCCUUUUGUACUUGUCUUGAUUUGCUUGUUUUCCCAAAAUCUGUCUAUUUUUCUUCAACCUUUUGGAGAGUUCAAAUUUCUUUCAUCUCAAAUACUAGAUAGAGGGAGAAAACAAAAGCUCUAAUUUUAGAUCUUGAACCUUCCUUUAUUGAAGUGGAAGCAAGAUAACAGCUUAACUCCAUGCGCGUCUAUUUUGCAGGAAGCCCUAUUUGGAGUGGAACAUAUUCUGAAAUAAGGGCCAAACAUACACUAAAUGCAUAACUUAGCACAACUUGACCUCAUGUAGUGGCAUCACUGUGUACCCUUUUUCCACCUGCACUACACAUUUUAAUUGAUGGGGGGGGAAUGCAAGCAUGAGGUUACUUGUGCUUAGCAUGAUGGUGGAGGAGAAACUAGACAUAUGGCCACCAUUUUCAGAGGUUGCCACAACUUCCAGUUCAAUGUCUAUCCCUAAGUAUUCAUACCAUAAGCCUGCUGGAUUGGGCCAAUGGCCCCAUCUAGUCCAGCAUUCCUAUUGUCACAGCGGCCAACUAAAUGUCUGUGGGAAAUCGUCAAGCAAGACCUGAGCACACAAGCAUUCUUCCUUCCUGCAGUUUCCAGCAGUUAAUAUUCAGAGUUAGGAAUUCUGGGCAGGAUUUUCUGAAAACAUCAGUGUCAUCAAACUUAUCUCCAUGGAUUAUUUUCAGUUUGUGUCUAAUUGAUCUCGAUGAGAAGCAAGCUUUUUUUUCUUUGCUGGUUUUCUCAUGUUAUUUGGAUCACUAUACAUAUACUACUAUGGGCAUAUGCUUCAAGUUUCCUAAAGAAACGCUGACAUAAACAGAUAAUCAUAAACAUAAAAAAUACUUAUCUAUUAAUGCUUAUAAAAUUGUGCCACAGAAAUCUAGUUCAUCAUAUCUCUUAAGUUUACUAUAAACUUAAACUUUAAACCUGUUUGGAAAAUAAAGACUAUAAGUAGCAAUAUUACAGCAUGAGAUAAAAUAAGUCUUGCAAAUAUUAAUUAUGGCAGGCAAAACUAGCAGCAUUUUUAAAUUUUAUUUGAUUUUUUAAAAACUUUAAUGCUACCUAGAACCUCCACCAUUUGGGAUGAGGAACCUGUAGCCCUCCAGGAGUUGUUGGACUACAACUCCCACCAUCCCUCCUAACUCCAUUUGGUUGGCCACACCAGGAAGAAGAUGCUGGACUAGUAGAUGGUGACUGGGCUGUUCAUAUGCUCUUACAUCUUUAACAUACAUAGACUCGGGCUGUGAUACACGUUUAACAGGGAGGAAGUCCCAUUCAAUUCAAUGAGACAUACUUCUGAAUAAACACGUACAGGAUUGUGAUGAAGCCAUUGGUGAAACCACAUUUUGCACUUGUUAUAAAAUUUAGAACAAGGUUGUUGUUUUUUGUUUUUUAAUGAUGUAUUCAGUGGUAGGAAUCACUGAAUAGUUAGACAAGUCAGAGUAAAAAACUUAAUUAGCUUGAUACGCUACUGCUGCCUUAGUUGAGUUUGUAUGCAAUUUUUCAUUGGAGCUAAUCAGCCCAAGGAUGCUUAUACUUACAUUUUAGCAUCUAUUAUGGGAACCAUUCUGUAUAAAGAACAGUAAGACAACAAAGAUAUGGGGUGGCCUUUUGAACAGAAAGCAUGACCAGAGUUUUGUUGGUUUUUUUAAACAAAACCAAGAGACAUAAAGGAAAGUGUGUGUUUGUUUGUAAAAUAAUUGCUAUAAAUCCAUACAAAUCCACGAAAUGAGCAGAGUGAAAAAUAAUUCUGUAGUUCUACCACUUCAGAGGAAUAUUUAACCGAAAGCUGGGGUUUAAAGUAUGCAUUUUAUUCUGUGACAGACUUCUUUCAAGAUAUUUUUGAGGAGUUGAUUAUGUUUUUUCUUAUUUUGGAAUUAAAAUAGCUUUGGCUUUUCAACUCCUGAGUUACUAGAGAUGUUUCCUGGCAGGGGGUAAACUGGAGUUCAAAAUCUAAUUAAAAAAACAAAAGAACUAUAAUAGCAUGUGUACCUCCCCCACUCCAAAAAAUCAAAGCUUGUUUCAGAGACACCCUGAAUCCAGGUGUGUUUGGCAGUGAUGAGAUGGUGGAAAGGUAAUAAUGAUGGCACUGUUAACACUGGCACUGUGUGUUCUUAAUAUUUAUGGAAGUCUGUAGGUGGGCAUAGUCACUACAGGGAGAAUAAAUUUAAUUUAAAAGACAAUAAAAGGCAGAGGCUGGAGAGAAGGUAUAUGAACCUUGUACCCUCCACAGAGCUGGAAGAGAAACUGCCUCCAUCUAAGGUUAUAGUUGGUCCCUUUUAGAUUCAGCUGUUGAUAUUUACUUGAAUAAAAAAACUAUUUUCACACAGAUAACAGUAGAAUGCUGGAACACAGGCUGCGUAGCCAUAUCUUGCUUCUGCUAUUCAGAAUUCGUCUCUAUUAUGCAGUGUGCUGGCAAGUACUGAUUUCACACUAUCAUACUCUUUGGUAAGCUUUUGUUUUACUCGUAGUCAGUAGCAUGAGAAUAAUCCAGCAGUGACUUCGGUAGGAUGUGGGUUGCUAAGUAGUAAGUAAUAGUUGAUGUCCUCAACAAUUUGAGGGCACCAUAUGGGCUACCGCUUCUCUACACAGUUACAGAACAUAAUGUCAUGGACUUUGUUUCUCCAUUGCUAUUGUCACUUGAAAUGGCAGCUGAACCCUUCUAGAGAACUGCAGCUGCAUGGCUUGGUCAAGCUUCCUUUGUAUAAGCACAAGUUAACAUGGAAACGUGUUUACCAGUUCUGUAGCACAUCAUAUUCUGAACAAUGAUGAAAGGUGGCAUGGUAUGUCACUCUGUAGCUGUGGAAGUUUGCAGAUUCAAAAACAUAUUGUUAAAGUGGUUGCUGUGACCUGAGAAUACAGAUAGCAUGUUAUGAAACAUUCCCAUGUUAACUCGUAUUUACCCAAAAGGAGCUUCUCCAAGCCAUGCAGCUGUAAUUCUCUUUCAGGAUUCGACCAGUGGGAAACUUCACAAUUUAUUGAUUACUAUGGACACUUGUGACUGGGGGAGAUAUCUACUUAAAGGGUUUGUUGAAAGGGGAAGGUCAUCAUCAGUAGGCACCCGAAAGAUAACAGAGAUGGCCUCUGUCUAAUAUUCAAGGGGAGAGAAUUUCAAAGGGUACGGACCUUCUGAUAAGAUGGUAACUGCAGGAGGCCCUCACCUGCAGAGCACAGUGAUUGACUGGGUAUAUGAGGGGUGAUGUUUCAGGUAUUCUAGUCCCAAGCUGUAUAGGGCUUUAUCCACCAAAACCAGCACCUUGAACCUAGCCAGGUAGAUAACUAACAGCCAGUUGUAAUCCAAUAACUGGCAACCUAGCAGUUUGAAAGCACGUCAAAGUGCAAGUAGAUAAAUCCGGCGGGAAGGUAAACGGCGUUUCCGUGCGCUGCUCUGGUUUGCCAGAAGUGGCUUAGUCAUGCUGGCCACAUGACCCGGAAGCUGUACGCCGGCUCCCUCGGCCAAUAAAGCGAGAUGAGCACCGCAACCCCAGAGUCGGCCAUGACUGGACCUAAUGGUCAGGGGUCCCUUUACCUUUACCUUUGUAGUCCAACAACAUCUCGAUGGCCGUCUGUUGGCUACCCUUGCAUUGUUGUAUCAGUUUUGUGAUGUGCUAAAUUUCACAUGAGUUUUGAGCUCAUGAGCCUGAGACCUGCAGCUACUUCUCAUUUUUAUUUAAUUAACACCAUUUGAAUCAAAUUGGCACAAUUCGAUUCUUAGUGGGAUGUCGGGGGAUGAUCAGCGUCCGGGUUGCUUUUUCUCCUUAAAGGCUAUAUGAUUCUCUGGCUUCUGUGGCAUUUCAUUUUUAGCAUGGAAAGUGCUACUAUUUUUCUGAAAUAUAAGUCUUCCAUCAGUUGAGCAUUCCAGCCUCCUGGCGUAACUGAAAGCUCUUUUACUGAUGGCCCCUAAUGCUGGAAAAACUGAUGAGUCAGCCUUUCAGUGGCAGGAAAUGCUUAGAAAUGAUGAAAGCAAAUAUGUUAUGUUCUCUUUGCUUUCCAAGACUUGGAAGAAUACAUUUGCUGAAUCACAUCAGGAGUUGGCUAGCCCAUUAUCUUUUUCCUGAUAAGCUCAUGUCCAUGUUUUGGGACUUUAGCUGAAAUGGAGAACAGCAUAAGGGUGCUAACAGCGCAUUUCCAUUUAAUGCUGCUAGCUUUGGAAGCCUAAAGUUUAGGGAUAUCUUCUGCAAAAGUACUGUUUAGAGGGCAGAGUUGUAUGUCUGAGAGCCUCAAACUCAUAACUGUAUGUAUAUUUUACAUAAUAACAACUACAGUGAAAAGUGUGCAUUCUCAUUAGGAAUAGUAGGAAUAUAAGAAAUGUAGCUUUUCUCUUUAGCCAUUAAGGUUAGAAUUGUUCAGGUUUGUUUGUUUUUUUUUUAAAAAAUGAAGGCUGAAGAUAUCUGAAUUCUAAUAAAAAUCCACUGAUCUCAAACAUUGACUUUAGUGACGGCUUUCAAUCAAAUGUUUCUCAGUCAAUAUUUAAGCAAGCAUCUGCUUCUCCUGUGCACGCAUAUCCCUCACAGAACUAGAUUUUCUCCAAUAUCUUACCUGUUAAGGAAAUGCUUGGUUAUAGUAUGCUUUCUCUUAUGCAGAACAAGGACUGUUCCACCUGUACAAAAGCUUUGGUGCUCUCCUCCCACAUGCUGUCCAUGUCCUUCAGUACCCCUGUAAUCCAAUAGACACGAGGAAGGAAGCAGAUUGCCUUGCCACUAAUGCUUGGAAAAUUGGAUCAAUUGUGACUCCUGGAAGAAGCGGAAAUGGCUUUUGUCUUUUCCCUCCUCCACAUAAAUGGAAAAACCUUGAAUGGAAUGGGGGAGGAAAACAGACAUCUUAGCAAGGUCACAAAGAUGGUAGGUUUAAAAUUCUUAACAGGGUGCUCAGAGAAAAUAGAUAAUGAGGAUUCCUGAAUCCUUUCUGCUGACUUUGCUGUUUUAUGGGCAAUGCUUAGCAAAUGAGAAGUUGAGACAUUUAACACAUUUAUAACCUCCCUUGAAAUACCUUGGUACUACAGGCCAUCACAAUCUCUAAAAUAAUCCAUGAGAGUGUUCCUUAAAUAUUUUCCAGAGGAAUAGCUGUGUUAGAGAUUCCCAGCGCCCUCCUGUGACCUUCCAAGGCCCAGAUAGGCAAGGAGACUCCUUCCUUACCAGCCCUUGGGACACUCCCAGAGCCCUCGCACCUCUUUCCCAGAGGCUGGCAAGGAAGGUGCCAUGCUUCCUGGGCUUUGGGGAGGCCAUGCGAGGGCUCUGUGAUGCUGUCAGAACCCUCCCACUACCUUCUUAAAGCCUGGUAAGUGAGGAAAGCCUGCUGGGUACAUGGGUGGAGUGGGGGAAUAAAUAAAAGGGGAGCAGAGAAUGGUGGGCUUCCCUGGCUCUCCAUUUAUUUAUGCCCCCCACCCCCACUCAUGUAAGGUUGUGGUCUUGUAAGUAAAGCUGUGGGCUUACUGUAUUUAGAAUGGUGGAUAGGUGGAUAGACAGUUGAUGAGUCUAAACUCAAAAGCAGAGGUAACCAAUGUGUUGCUUUUCAGAUGUUGCUGACCAUAUCCAGUUGUCAGGGAUUCUGUGAGGGGCAGCUGAUUUGUGGCCCUCCAGAGGUUAGCCAUCCCUGUGGCAAUUCAGCAACAUCUAGAGGACCACAUUGACUGCCCUUGAAGUAGAGUGAUACAAGCCAGUUUCCUAAUCCCUGUUUCCUGUAGAACAUACAGUGGCACCUUGGCUUACAAACUUAAUCUGUUCUAGAAGUCCGUUCUUAAACCAAAACUGUUCUUAAACUGAGGCACACUUUCCCUAAUGAGGCCUCCCGCCGCCGGUGCCCUUCCACCAUUCGGAUUCCAUUCUUAGACCAAGGUAAAGUUCUUAAACCAAGACACUAUUUCCAGUUUUGCAGAGUUUGUAAACCAAAUUGUUCUUAAACCUGACUGUUCUUAAACCGAGGUACCACUGUACUUUUAUUCCUAUAGUCCACGAAAGCUUGUGCCAUAAUAAAUUAGUAAUUCUUUGAGAUGUCUUUAGUUUUAAGAUUCUACAAGGCUCUUAAGGUGCUUUUGCAGCAAAGAGUAACAUGGUCGUCACCCCACCUGGAAUAUACUGUGAUAUACUGGAAUAUAGGACCAAUAUUUAUACAUACAGACAUAAAUUUCUAUACAGCUAAAUCAAGAAAAUAAAUCUCCUCAAAACGCUAUGCAUAAAAAGCUCUAUAAAAUCAAAAGUGAAAAUAUAAAAAGGCAAAGAUCAGAAGAACAUAAAACUGGGUUGCGUGGCAAGAUAAGCUUGUGGAAAUGAAAAUGUUUUCGGCUGGUGUAUAAAACGAAGCAUGCAGGAUGCUUGCCUAAUAUACAAAGGCCAUAAAUUCCAUGAUAUAUGUGCUGUUGUGCUAAACAUCCGAUUCUUUGUGGCCACUGGACAGAUGUCAUAGGAGGAAGUUAGCAAUGCAUCUCCAUCAGAUCUCCAAGAAUGGAUAGGAAUGUAUAGAGAAAGGCAGUCCUUUAAGUUGGUUGGUCCCAAGCUGUUUAGGGCUUUACAGAACAACAGCCCAGAUUGUUCUCCCUUGGAGUCUAUGCAGGAUAAGAUAAAAGGGAGACAUAACUCCUGUUCUUCAGCUGUAGAGUAAUAAUCAUCUUUUCAAGAUUGAAGAUCUGACAUGGUGCCAUGAUUUCUUGCACUGCAAUACAGAAUUGAUUACUGGGAAGAAAUCCCCCUUGGUUUGCAUAUUUCCAGAUUAAAGCUUGUGUACAGUGAUAUUUAAGAUUAAAUCAGCAAGUAGGAGAUAUGACAGAUCUUGAACAGCUUAUUAUGAGAACUAUGAAACACAUGAUGACAGAAAUAUAUCAUCUGCUUAAUAGGUAUGAUACAGAGCCAGAACAAAUGAAAGGUUACAUGAUAAAACGAGUUCAAAGUAUUAGAGAAGACAUACAAUUAGAUAUCUGGGGAAAGUUUUUGCAAGAGCCACACAAGUUCUCCUUACAUAUGAGAAUAAAGGGAAAUGUUCCAAGAUAUAUCACUCUGGACCAGAUACAGAAGAUUAAUUAAAAUUAUUCAAUCACACGCUGGAAAUGCCGAAAAGGGAGAGGUGAUCCCCCCAUAUGUGAUGGGAAUAGGAUGUGUCAAAAGUAACUGGAAGAAAAUUUAAAAUAAAAUUAAAAGAAUCUUGGGUUACAUAAUUCUCCAUUCAGUAUUUUUUAAUUGAAUUAUGUGAAAAGCUGUUCUGCUGUUUUCUUUUCUGUGUACAAUUUUGAAGUAUAGUGGGCCCCAAAGGCAAGAAGCCUUUAAGGAGAACGUUGUUCUUGAUCAUUGCUGUGCACCAACCCCCUUUCAGAUGUGGGUCUGGACUCCUUUAGGGGAUCUUCCUGGAACUGGGGAUCAAAGGCUUCCACCUCCUCUAUUAAUCUUUCAGGUUAAUCAUAAGGCAACCCUCUAUUUUGGCUUGCAGUACCUUUUGCUUCUGUAUUGUACCUCUUGGGAGGCCACAUGUCUUGGAUUGUUCAUUUUUCUCUCCUGUCUGUCUAUCUACUCCAAAUUUUGGCAGAAGGGAGAGCUCUACCUGCUCAGCCCCCCUGUUUUGUUGCUGUUACACUUAAGGAGGCUCAGGUAUUUAUGCCUUGUUCUAGGGAGACAUAAGAAUAGCAUGCUGUAUCAUCAGGCCAAUGGCAUCCAGCAACCUGUUCUCACAGUGGCCAUCCAGAUGCCUGUGGGAAACCAGGGAGCAGAACAGCGCAUAAGAGCAUUUCCCCCUCCUGUGGUUUCCAUUAACUGGUAUUUGGAAGCACUGCUGCUUCCAACUUUGGAGAUAGAGCAUAGCCAUCAUGGCUAGUAGCCAUUGAUAGGUUUCUUCUCCCUAUCCUCUUUUCCUUGUGUAAUCACACAAUCUACUUCUGGUACUCUGUACUACUUGCUUUGAAACAACUUUCUCAAUGGCAGCUACUUGCGUUUUAACUUCUACUCUUCAUUCUCAGAGAAUGUGUUUUCAUGGACUAGUUUCAAUUUUCCAUAUUUUCCUGCUUGUCGUUGCCACAUUCUGGAGAAAAGAGGAAAAGCUUCUGAAAUAUUUUACUUGGGAUUUCUAAUCUCAGUAAAUCUGAGCAGCUUUGAAGCAUCACUAUGCCACUUUCCUGUUUGGGAUGCCAGCACUCUUUGUAAAUGUUCACAUUCCAAGUGGUCCAUGCAGUGAUUGUAGAAGAGAGUGUGCGUGUGUGUUUAUAUAUCCCUGAACAGCUGAAGAGAUCAAUGCAAUGUGUUGCGGAUCUAUAUUUUCUCUACUCUCUUUAGGAUGCUGUUUAACUGGUCAUAAUCUAACACAAGUUGUGCACUACUAAGUCACAUUAAUGUCGAUGGGACCUAGAAACCCUUAGUUUUAUAGUCUAAUUAAUGAAGGAAAACCACAAAGUCCAAAGAAAGCCACCUUGUCCUAAAUGAUUCCUGCUAUUUGCUCUCAGGUGCUAUCAGUUACAGUAAAUGCUAAAUGUCAUUUGCAGUUAGUAGAACUCAGAUCAUUUCUCAGCUUCUUUCUGUUAGCUAAAAAUGUGAGGGAAGCCAGCCAAGGACAUGUCAGAGGUGAUAGAAUAGUUCAUUUUGAAAUCUCGACAGUAUUUGGUCCAUCAAGAGCUAUGGAAUAUGAAUAAGAAGUUAUUGUAGUACAUUGUAGUUUGGCCCAGUCUUGGUAUUUUUAGCAGCUGAGAGAGGCACCAAUUUUAGUAGUAAUACCAGCAAUUUUAUGUUUUGAACUGUCUACUCCAAAUGGCAUGUGGACAUGGGGAAGAAAGACUGUCAGAUAAUACCACCUAGGAAACAGAUGACAGACUACCUAUAGCAGGUGCAGUAUUACAGGGCAUAUGGACAUCUUCAAGGGUGUGCUCCAACCUGCGUGGAAAUUGCAGCUGAUUUCAGUUUGGUCUUUAAUAGAGUUGGUGCUAAUUUUGCAUGUUAUCUACAUGUGUGCAUUUCCUCAGCCUUUAAGGUGAACUUUUGGUGUGUUAACCUUUCUCUUUCCCCAGUAAUGGUGAAUUUAAAAAACUCUCCUGUUUCAGCUUGAUUUUGAUGGUGUCUCAUUACUGACAAAAAAAAUUAAUAAUGUGUGAUCCAUUUGCGAUAUGUUCUCUUGAUACUGAUAGUUCUGUCCUAACAUGUUAAAAUACUGAUGGAAACAGAGGAGCAGGCUGAACUAGGCUGAUGAAAUAAAGUGUGUGACGUGCCUAGAAUAGAAUACUCCAAAAUAAUACAUAGUAAUAAUGCAUAAUAUCCACCAUCAUUGCCUUUCAUAUGCGUAGGCAGAUCCUAUCAUGUCCUUAUGCUCUCCCUUGCCUAGUUCAUGGCUUUUGUUUUCAUCUUGCUUGUUUAUUGCUUGAUUGUGCAUUUCCGGUGUUGUGUGAGCAUCUCAUAAAGCAUCUCUUGUGAAAGCAUUUCUUUCAUUUUAAUAAGUCUGUUCAGAAGCAUGAUAAACAAAUCCUGCCCACACACUUAGACCAGAAACCUAGUGAAGCUCUGAUACAGGAGAGGGUAGAUCAUAUGCACAAGAAUUGGAAAAAGCAGACCAGCCCCACCCCCACCCCUAUUCUGAAGUUACACAAGAUGCAGAAGCAGGAAUAUAUUGCCAAUAGUUUUCUCAUUAAUAUCUGUCUCACCCCCAAAUACUUGAGAAGGAAACAGAUUUUGCAGCUAGCCCCAAAGGCAUGCAGAAUAUUAUUUACAAAAAUGUAUCAUAACUCCUCUGUUACGAAAGCUGAAGAAUUUCGACUCAUUCUGUUUCCCUGGAAAACAAAAUUGUGAAUCUAAGAUGGGGUCCAAGAACAUUUACAUGUUGCCUAGAGUUUAGAGGGAAAUAAAUGGGUUUUGAAAAUGGUGCUUUAUAUACAUCUAAUAUGUUUUGUACAGCUUUCUUAACUACUGUGUCAGCACAGUGCCCGUGUAUUUUUCUAACCUACUGAAUUCUUCUCAUUGAUGGCUUUUCCUUACUCCUGUGUUUUCCCUUUGCAGUUUGUUGGCAACUCCCCUGCUGAACUUGUAUUUCUACUUUAGUAUUGUCUCACCCAUCUCCAGCCUCUGAAAUGGCUCUCUGUCAUUAGCACAUAAGAGCCCUGCUAGAUUAGACUGAAAAACUUACCGUAUUUUUUGCUCUAUAAGACUCACCUUUUCCCUCCUAAAAAGUAAGGGGAAAUGUGUGUGCAUCUUAUGGAGCGAAUGCAGGCUGCGCAGCUAUCACAGAAGCCAGAACAGCAAGAGGGAUUGCUGCUUUCACUGCGCAGCGAUCCCUCUUGCUGAUCUGGCUUCUGAGAUUCAGAAUUUUUUUUUCUUGUUUUCCUCCUCCAAAAACUAGGUGUGUCUUGUGGUCUGGUGCGUCUUAUAGAGCAAAAAAUACGGUAAUUGGUUUGCCAUGUUGCUUCUCCUAGUAUGAUCUGGGAGGAAGCCAGCAAACAGCACUUAAGAGCAAUAGUCAUCCCCUGCUGCUUUCCCCCCAGCAACUGGUAUUCAGAAACAUCCCCCAACUAGGUGCCCUCCAGAUGUUUUAGACUACAACUCCCAUCAUCUCUGAGCAUUGACCAUACUAGAUGGAACUAAGGGAAAUUGUAGUCCAAAACAUUUGGAGGGCACUAGGUUGCAGAAGGCUGAGGUAGCACAUAGCCAUCUUGACUAGUAGCUAUUGUUUGUCUUUUUCUCCAUGAAUUUGUCCAGCCCCCUUUUGAAGCUGUCUUGAGUUGUUGACCAUUGCUGCAUUUUAUGGAUAUGAAUUCCAUAACUUUAACCACACAGUGUGUGAAGAAGUACUUGAUUUUGUCUGUUCUGAAGCUCCCACCAUUCAGAUUCACUGGGUAACCCCAGGUUCUAAUAUUAUGAGAGAGGGAGAAAAACGCACAUGUUCUUCACACUAUGUGUCAUUUUAUGACACUGGAUCAUGUCCCUGCUUACUUGCAUCUUUCAUAAAUUAAAAAAGGUAAAGGACCCCUGACAGUUAAGUCCAGUCGCGAAUGACUCUGGGGUUGCGGCGCUCAUCUUACUUUACUGGCUGAGAGAGCCAACAUUUGUCCGCAGACAAUUUUUCCGGGUCAUGUGGCCAGCAUGACUAAGCCGCUUCUGGCAAAACCAGAGCAGUGCACGGAAACGCCAUUUACUGUCCCACCGGAGCAGUACCUAUUUAUCUACUUGCACUUUGACGUGCUUUCAGACUGCUAGGUUGGCAGGAGCUGGGACCGAGCAAUGGGAGCUCACCCCAUCGCGGGUAUUCGAACCGCCAACCCUUCCGAUCGGCAAGCCCUAGGCUCAGUGGUUUAUACCAUAGUGCCACCCGCAUCCCCUUCCUAAAUUAAGAAGCUCCCAAACACUGUUGUUCCAGCUUCCUGAUAAUUUUGGUUUCCCUUUCCUGCACCUUUUCCAGUUCCAUGAUUUCCUUUAUAAGAUGUAGUGACUCAGUGAUGAACAGUAUUCCAAGUGUGAUAGCACCAUAGAGCUUUGUAUAAAAGCAUGACGAUAUCGGCAGUUUUAUUUUCAGGUCCUGUCCUAAUGUUUUCCAGCGUGGAAUUCUCUAUUUUCACAGCUUCUGCUCAUUGGGUUGAUGUGUCCAUUUCCAUGCUGCUCCUUCAGCUUGGAAGUAGAUUAGUCUCCCUGCCCCCCCCCCGGCCAUUUGUUACGUAACUUCCUAUUUUCCUUUCAAGGACCCCAUCUCACUUUCAUGGGAGGGGGAUGCUUUGUGGUGGCUCCUGUGCCACAAAGCUCAUGUCAGAAACUCUGGGCCACAACAGAGGGACCUUCUCCAUAGAGCGGAGUCCUGUUACUUGAUCAGGAAUCACAAAUCUUGGUUCAACUCAAUGGUCAGCCCUUCUCCUUCCUACAAAGCCCUCUGUGUGUGCCAUAGGAACUGAGACCGAAGAAUGAGUUUUCCAUUCUUUAAUGCUGAAUUUAGUUCACUGCUGCACAGUGGGAAGCAGCCCCAGAAUCAAACCUCAGCUGCAGGGGAACAGUUAACCAGACAGAGCUUUUCAAAGCAACCUCCAGGCUGCACCUGCUUAUUCCCUCAUCUUUCAAGACCUCCUGGUCUCUCAGGAACAUGAGAGGGCAUCCCUCACCACCUUAUUUGCUUUCCACAUGCCAAAGCCUUUUGCAACCAUCAUCAGAUAUCACUGCAGCCUGCAGCUUUGCUUGUUGUUGCAAGCAUGAUGCUUUCUGCCCUGGUGCUCAGUAACAACUGUGCUGAACCUUCCCUCCCUCCCACUAGAGGGCUCCAUAGCAGGUCUCCCCCACCCACCCUCACACAUACCAGUCAGCCAGAUGGUUGGUUUCCUCUCCAUACUCUCAUCAUACUGGGCUUCCUCCUGCCGAAGCUCAGUACAGUACAACGCACAUAUCCCUUCCCCUGACAUUUUUUCUCAAGCCCUUUGGCACAUGCAGAGCGCAAUCUCUUAUGCUGAGCUCUGCAGCCUACAGAAAUCCAACACUUAGUGCAGUGUAAGAGACUUCUCCUGAGUUGGGGGAAAUUGUCUGUGAGCUCCUUACCAGAGGGUCAGGACAUCUGUCUCUGGCAAGAAUAUUUAUAGAGGCCUGAUUUUCAAUCUUUCAUGUCACAGUGACAAUUAAGGUUCUCAUACUGGCAACUGAAGGCAGGAACUGCUUGGUCAGUUUUAUAUGUCCCUACCACUCGGAGUAUGUAAGUUGCUUUACCUUGAUGCUUGCAUUUAUGUAAGUAGGGUGCUGGUCUGGUUGCAAUUUAUUAUUGUAUUCUCAUUUAUCAAAGUUUGAAUCAAUCAUUCUGGUAACAGUUUCAGCUGUUAAAAUGGGGUUGCAUCCAAUAUUGAAUCUACUCAAAGUAAACUCAUUGAAAUUAAUGGGCACAACUAAGUGGCUUACUAGCAUUAUAUGUGAAAAGGAUCUAUGGGUCUUAGCAGACCACAAGCUUAACAUGAGUCUACAGAGUGAUGCAGCAGCAAAAAAAAGCUAAUGCUAUUCUAGGCUGCCUCAACAGAAGUGCCCAGAUCAAGGGAAGUAAUAAUAUUGCUCUAUUCUGUCUGGGUCAGACUACACCUGGAAUACUGUGUCUAAUUCUGGACACCACAAUUUAAGAAGGAUGUUGACAAGCUGGAAUGUGUGUAGAGGAGGGCACCCAAGAUGAUCAAGGGUCUGGAAAGGUUGAGGUAGUUGGGUAUGUUUAGCCUGGAAAAGGGGCGACUGAGAAAAUAUAUGAUAGCCAUCUUCAAAUAUCUCAAGGGCUGUCACAUGGAAGAGCAAACAAGCUGGUUUUCUGCUGCUCUGGAGGGUAGGACUUGAACAAAUGGCUUCAAGUUACAAGAAAGGAGAUUCUGACUAACCAUCAGGGAUACCGAUGUUAAGAGCUGUACAAUAGUGGAAUGGGCUCCCUUGGGAGGUUGUUGACUCUGCUUCCUUUGAGGUUUUUAAGCAGAGGUAGGAUGGCCAUCUGACAUAGAUGCUUUAGCUAAGAUUCCUGUAUUGGGGGGGGGGGGUUGGACUAGAUCAUGGGUAGGCAAACUAAGGCCCGGGGGCCGGAUCCGGCCCAAUAGCCUUCUAAAUCCGGCCCGCGGAUGGUCUUGGAAUCAGCGUGUUUUUACAUGAGUAGAAUGUGUGCUUUUAUUUAAAAUGCAUCUCUGGAUUAUUUGUGGGGCAUAGGAAUUCAUUCAUUUCCCCCCCCCAAAAAAAAUAUAGUCUGGCCCCCCCACAAGUUCUGAGGGACAAUGGACCGGCCCCCUGCUGAAAAAGUUUGCUGACCCCUGGACUAGAUGACCCUUGGGGUCUCUUCCAACUCUACAAUUCUAUGAUUAUAAGUUAGGCCAGUUAAUUUCAAUGGGUCUACUCUGGGAGCCCAGUUGCUGGCUCGAGAUAGCAAAAUUGCUUUUUGUAUUUUAAGGAGAUUAACCCUAUUAGAGGUCGAAGGAAGUGUCCACACAAUAUAGUAAGUGGAAAGGCUUUCCCAUUUAUGCACAGAGGUGAUAAACAGCUUUAGGAUGUUAUGAGAGCAUACAUCUUAAUGUUGCUGUUGCCUGUCAGGAAACACCUUGAAUUUAGUUUUAAUCUCCCUCUUCCUGUGAACUAAAGACAGUGUUUAUUAAAGGUGUUGUUGUCACCAUCAUCCUGGGAGGCAGAGCCCUCUUUCCCAAAAGUACAGGGCACGCGGUUUAGGGGCAAGGGUAGUUGGAAUGCUUCAUUACUAACCUUGCUAAAUCCCUUCUUAGCCCUUUUGAUUUCUUUGCAGAUUAAGAUGAUUGCUUUACUACAAAGGAUGUCUCCACAACAGGAACAGAGCAUGAGCUCCUUUACCAUUAGCACACAGCAAAAAUUAUGAGGUCCAAAUAUCCCCUCAUUAAAAAUCAUAUGGGAACCUGGGAGCAAAAGCAUUUUAACUUUCAUCCAGGCCUACUUUAUUCAUAAUUGUUGACUUUUAAGCAUCCUGGUUUGGGUGGGAACUUGAAUAAUGUGAACUCUCUUCUUUUUCUUUAUUACCUCGUAGUUGACUUCCUGCCUGAAGAUGUGAUCCUUUAAUCCUGAAAGCUUGCAUGUCUGUCCUGACCUGCUUUAUGUCGUGUGAUUAGUUAAUGAAUUUCACUACUAGAAUUAUUCCUCCCUCCCAUAUGCAUCAGCAUUGCUAAUGAUUAUUUUUUAAGGUUGUGGCCCUAAGCACAGGAAGUCCAUCUGAACUCAGUGAGAUUCGCUUGCAGGUAAAUGUGUUUAGAUCUGGACUAUUACUUGCAGUUUCUUUUGAAAUGUUAUAAUUGAUUACUCAUCUAUGUAGGAGUGUAUUAACCAUCAUCAGAAGUUUUUUUAGAAGGGGAAAAUGUGCACAAAGUAUCUGACAUCUGUAGAUAUCUUCCCAAUCCAUGUUGAUGUGUUUCCCUAAAUCUCUAUCCUGCCCCAGAAUGUUCCCACAUCUGCAGGGAGAAGGUACAAGGCAAAUGAGAUCUUUCACAUACAGUAACUGUGCAUGUUGUUCUGCUCUCCCAUUUGAGAAGAGUCCUGAGAACAGAAUGAUUGAAAUAUCAUAUAUCUGAUACCUGAGCUUCUCAGCAGAUGAUCCUAUUUUCAAGGUCAAAAGAUUUAUAAUGUUCAAAGCAAGCAGAAAUACUAAACAGGAUCCCCUAUUGGGAAUUGCAGCGCUUUGAGAAUAAAUCGACAGGCUCUUCUUCUUUCCUUAAAUUUUUGUGCAGCUGAAGUCACCAAAUCUCAGUUCACAAUCAAGCCCUCCUAGAGUAAGCAAAAUAUAAUGCAGCUUAGUUAUUGAUGGGAACAUGUCAAAAAGCAUGUUGGUGGUGCUAAAGUUCCUCCACUGGUUCAGCUUAUCCCAAGUAUUCUUUGUUCUUCAGUGGCACACAGUUUGUUUUUGUCAGCAAGUGUGUAUUGGUUGUUCCAUCAAAGGAAUUGCAGCUUUGCAGAGGUAGCUUGGAGUUUAAAGUGCACAACAGAAAAAUCAGCAUGUGUAUCAAAAUAGGUGGUAUUUAAAGCUUUGUUUGUGGGAACAGUGGGAAGAUGAAAGGUCAAGACCCAAACUUCAUUAAUCUUGUAGACCCACACUAGCUACUUGUGACAGUGCAGAACAGAUAGCAGGAUGAAGGAGUGUCUCUUGAUCUCCUUAUUAGGUCAAAUGCAUGUGUACAAAGACAGCAGCAGCACACUCCUGGCUGGUUUGGAGUCAAUGCUAGCUACUCCUUGUAGGUAGUACAUUGUGGUUUCUAGGCAACCCCUGGUUUCAUUCUUGGAUGUUUUGGAGUGGGGUGAGUUGUUACAGGGAUGCUUAGCAUGCUACUUUGACACUUUGCCAUUGAAGGAAAUGCCCUCAAAAUUUCCUUUCUGGAAAAGGGAGGUAAGCACGAGGGAGGAGUGGGAUUUUGAUAUAUGUGUGAGGUAGAGGUAAUGUUAAUUGAGUUGUUAAUGUGCAUUAACCAGCCACUGUGCACAUUCACCAGGCCACAUGAAGAAUGUGCAUGUAAUCUAUCGAUGAAGAGGGGAUUUCACAUAUUUCCUGGCUAAUAUACAUAAUAUUCAACAGGCGUUGGGGAAUAGUCAUAUAUCAAUUGGAUUUUGAACAUUCUCCAAUCACUGCGCAUAACCUCCAGCAGGACUUAGGGAAUGUAUAUAUCUCAACUGCGUAUUGUAAACUCUCUGGCCAGUGUGCAUAACCCCCAGUAAGCUUUGGAGCAUGUUCUUGUUUUCUAUCUCCGGUUCAAAAAUGUGAAAUCUGCAGCCUCUGGGCUGCUUCUGGCUACCACUUUAUCUUAUGUAGUUUCCAACAUAUCCAUGGGCUGAGCAUCUGAGCAGCAUGAAAAGGGGUGGGGCUCCACAUAAAAAUCAACUUUUUCUCACUUUGUGGGCAAAUUACGUGCACAUUCUGUAUGAGCCUGAUGAAUGUGCACUAUGGCCGGUUGUUAUGCACAUUAACUGCUCAAUUUACAUCACCCCUAACGUAUGUUAUUACAUCAAUUAGUUUCUAACCCAGCCUUUAUCUAAUGAUCCCAAGACAGCUUACAAACUGAAAUCUCUAUAUUAAAACAAGAUUCACACUGCAGAUUUUUAAUAGUAUUAAAAAAUAUCAUACAAAACAAAAUUCAGCUUAGUUCAGACUACAUGCUAAACCAGACCUUGGCUUAGUUCACAGCAGUGCUGCAGUGUAGGAAGAGCAAAGCAGCCACAAUCCUCUCUUGGGAAGCCGCACAUUCAUGCUAAGCCAUGGUUUAACUUAGCAUUACGUGCAAACUGGGCAGGCAAACAAUCCACAAUAUUGCUAACCUUAAUGCAUCAGUCAUCACCAAAUGCCUUGGUAAAGAGGUAAAUUGUUGGUUUGCAUUGAAAAGUUAAUGUUGACACCAACCACAUAUCUGAGGAGUGGGAGUUCUGUAGAUUGAGUACCACCACAGAGAAGCCCCUGUCUUGUGUCACUAUUGCUCACUGGGCAGGAAAGUAAGCAGAGCCUUCACUGUCAAUAUUGGUGUAUAGGUUGGCUGAUAGACAGGUGGGCUCUUUUAAAUAUUUGGAUCCCAGUUCAUUUACAAUCUGAACUGCAUUUGCUAGACACAAUAUUUGGAUCCCAGUUCAUUAACAAACUGAAUUGCAUUUGGUAGACAUAAGGAACCAGUGAAGCUGCUGUAAAAUAAUGUAUAAAUAUAGGUAGGGGUGGGUGGAUGUGUUUCUGUGUCUCCCCUGCUGGAAGGCAGGCAGAUACUGCUGGGCAGCUCAAACUGCAUUACUGAAAUCCAUCAUUAAUCUGCUCUAGUUCAGAUUUGGUAUACCUGGAGAAUUUAGAUUAAGGCAUACUGUCCUACUUCAGCCCGAAGACGCAGCGCUUGCAGAGGCCUUGUGGCAAAGAGUGCAGAGAAUACAAGCCACUUACAUGCUGCUGCUGUUCUUAAGUAAUGUGCAGCCAAACAAGACCGCCCGAAGCUCUCUCGUUGGAGGUGGCCAUUAAAUCCAAUAACUUCUGUUGUUGUCGCUAGAUACUGCAGAAACAGCCAAAUCCUGUGAUGACAGAAACAGCAAUUUCCUCCCAGCUGCACUUUGACAGGGUAGAUAUCUUAGGAAAUAUUUUGUACAUUGGUACAGAUAUCAUAGCAUUGUUAUAAAGGGUGUGUUUGUGUGUGUUUCAAAUGUGACUUUCUCGUCAUAAGAGGGCAAUCCUAGGGCAACUUCUCACAAAAUAUACCCCCCCAGAAAUAAUCUGCUGCAUUUUAGAGGUGCAAGAGGCUUUGGAAAGGUAAUAGACCACCUGUUCAGACUCCGCACCCCCCAAAUUCUCAUGGGGACGGGGGAAUCUGGUAGGGGGCAGGAGAGGGGCCAGCAGCAUUAAUGGGCACCAUCCCACUCUGCUCUCUGUGCUUUCAGACAAAUGCCUGAACAGGCCUGUUGCCACCUUCCCUGCAAUCCUGGACAUUCCUUCAGAAAGGGGAAGAGGAUUGCUGUUCUCUGUUGUGCCCCUGUUGCAAGCAGGUUUCUCCCUACAACAGUGUUAAUCCCUCAGUGCUGAACCUUCUUCCCCCCCAUAGGGAUGAAUGGCAUCCAUUCAAGUAUAGGACAUAGUAAAGCAGUAUUCUCAGGGACACCAUUAUGGGGGAGGUGAAGCCCAUUUCCUCUCUCUGGUGACUCCGGCCACUGAGAAGCAGUUCUAUUCCUGCAUAACUCUUGUUUCUUGAUCACAUGGGAAUGUGACAGUGAGGGGAAAGGGGAAAGGGGAUAGCUAGACAAAAAGUUAGAUGCUCAGAGGAAGCUUUUGAACAAUGCUGAAUCUGCAGGUUCUAUUUAUCUGCAUACUCAUUGGUCAGGAAACCCUAUUUCUAACGCUCCAAGCAUUGACAGCUACCAUGAAUGUUUCAGUCCAUGGAAAUUAGCCACAAAUAUGAAAAAAAAUAUAUAGGUAGGUCCCAGAGAGCCAGCGUGGUGUAGCGGUUAAGAGCAGUAGACUCGUAAUCUGGUGAACCAGGUUUGCAUUUCCACUCCUCCACAUGCAGCUGUUGGGUGACCUUGGGCCAGACUUCUAUGAAGUCUCUUAGUCCCGCUCACCUCACAGAGUGUUUGUUGUGGGGGAGGAAGGGAAAGGAGAUUGUUAGCCACUUUGAGACUCCUUAGGGUAGUGAUAAAAUGGGAUAUCAAAUCCAAACUCUUCUUCUUCUAAGUAUCAAAGGAGAUGAAUUUUAUUUCAAGAGCUUGUUUACAUGAUCCAGCAAUACCAAGAUAGGUAGCUCACAGUGGUUACCUUCUUAAUGUGACUGAUCUGUGGUUUUGCUUGCACUGAUUAGUUCUGAAAGUAUUGGUUGUUUUCCUUGUCUCUUCACACUGGGUUCCCAUUCAGUGUCUUAGGCUGAAGCAGUGGCAUCUAUCUGCAGGAUUAUGAUGCCAAUACAGUUUGUAUCAGUCAUUCUGAGGUUUUCCUUCAUACAUCUUAAUUCUAUUAGAUGCCUGGUAAUUGUACAUCCUUCUUCCUUGUAUAAACCUAAAUGGGUUGCAACACAGAUUAUAUAAGAAAACCUUAAAUGGAGGCCCGUAUCAUGCAAAAAAAAAUGUUGUUGUUAGGCUCUGUACAUGGUGCGUAGUUUUGGAUUUAUUUAUUUUUACCCAUGGCAAACUGAUGAGUCUCACGUACUGUUCCGAGGUGCAUUUUCUGCUUUUCAAUUUUACAAAAAAAUAUGCAGCAUAUUAUCGGUAAUGAAUUCAGUAUAACAAGGUGAUUUAAAUUAAAUCAAGCAAUUCCUGGUGAAUCUCAAGAGUUUUCUGUGUGCUUGGCUUCUUUCCUCUAGGCAGCUGCCACUGCCACUUCGCAACAGGCAAUGCUUGUCACUUGAAAAAAUAAUAAUAAUCUGGGCUUGUGGCCAGAAGAUGAGAGAGGCAAUAGUUGAAAGGAGUCAAUGUUUCAAAAUGACAAAGCCCUGUAUUUUGGUAAUGCUCUCUGUGGAGCAGCUUCCCUCUGAAGAAAGGUUGCCACGUUUGAGACCUUUUAGUUUAGAGAAAAGGUGGGUAAGAGGUGACAUGAUAGAGGUUUCUAAAAUGAUGCAUGGAGAAAGUGGAUAGCGAAAGAUUGCAGUCAUACCUUGGGUUGAAUGUGCUUCGGGAUGAGCGCGUUCGAGUUGUGCUCCGCGGCAACCCGGAAGUAAUGGAGUGCGUUACUUCCGGGUUUCGUCGCUUGUGCAUGCGCAGACGCUCAAAAUGACGUCACGCGCAGAAGCACCGAAACAUGACCCGUGCACGCGCAGACACGGGUUACGUUUGCUUCUAGAUGCAAAUGGGGCUCCGGAAUGGAUCCCGUUCGCAUCUAGAGGUACCACUGUAUAUCCCUUUCUCAUAACACUAGAACUUGUGGACAUCCAAUAAAGAUGAGUAUUAGAAGAUUCAGGAUGGAAAAGAAAGUACAGUGGUACCUUGGGUUACAUACGCUUCAGGUUACAUACGCUUCAGGUUGCAGACUCCGCUAACCCAGAAAUAGUGCUUCAGGUUAAGAACUUUGCUUCAGGAUGAGAACAGAAAUUGUGCUCCGGCGGCGCAGCGGCAGCAGGAGGCCCCAUUAGCUAAAGUGGCGCUUCAGGUUAAGAACAGUUUCAGGUUAAGUCGGACCUCCGGAACAAAUUAAGUACCUGAGGUACCACUGUACCUCUGAAUGCCAGUUGCUGGGAACCACAGGAGGCGAGAUGGCUCUUGUGCUCAAAUCCUGCUUGCUGGUUUCCCACAGGCAACUGUUCAGCCACUGUGAGAACAGGAUGGUGGACUAGAAGGGCCACUGGUCUGAUCCAGCAGGUUCUUAAAGGAGAAAACAAUUGUUUCAUAGCGAUGUAAACAACAAGCUGGAUACCAUUUUCACAAAUGUAAGAGACAUUGAGAAUCUUGUGCCAGUAAUCACUGUUAUCAUCAAAGUGUCAUUGUUCAUAUUGUAUAGAGGAGAAAGAAUUGUCAGGAGGAACCCGUGGAGGAAGUAGGUCAAUAACACUUUUCCUCAUAGGAAUUGGAUUUCCUAAGCUUGUACCCAAAGUUAUCCUAGAGCUUUCUGAGGAGCAGAAGGAAAGAUCUCAGUUGAGCAAAAGCCAUUUAUUUGACAAGUUUACAUCAGAAUGACCCCCCCUUCCAUUGGAUCCUUUAACUAUUUAAUCAAACAGAAAUAAAUCUUAAUGAAUAGAACAACUUAAAAUAUUUUAAAAUUGACAUAAAACUUAAAAAUCCAUUUCAUAUAUUAUUACAAGGUAAUAACUGCUGAGAAGCCAUAUUUUCAGCCCGUUUUCAGUGGGAAUGGGGGAAAGCUAGGCACAGGAAAGUUGUUGACAUCAGGUUGGUAGAGUAUGCUGGGUAGGUGUCUUGUUUUGAUCUGAAGAAGGAGCCUGUAGUGAGCAACCUGCUCUGAGAAGGUCUGGAACUCUCUACCCUCUACCAGGCUAUCCCGGCUUUGGGAGAAUCAGAGAACAACCAGCUCUCUCCCCUGAAUACAGGCACUUCUCUUGCAUUCUGUGGUGUGCUGCCUGGUGCCUCCCUUUGCUGUUGGACUAGCAACAGACUAUAGGAGGCACUUGGUUCCUUAGGCUGCAGAGAAUGUGCCUGUGAGGACCAUGGCUCCAACCCGGAUGCUCUUGUGUUUGGUUUGGUGAGCUCCUGCUUGCCAGCUUCAAGUUCAGUACCUCACUCCUCCAAUUACAUGGCUCCUAAGUCCAUGUCAGUAUAGCUUCCAGCUCUGUGUCCUUUUCCCUGCUGAACUCAGGGCAAUGACAGUGGGAUGGUCAGGUGAGACAAGAUGGGUGACAAGAUUGUGAGAAGGCAACUGGAGAAAUUGAGUGUCGCGGUUUGGCAGGAAUCUACACAAAGGGCUGAAUUGCAGAAGUGGAGGUCUGAGUAGGUCACAGAACAAUUCUGGGAAAAGCAGGUUCAUCAAGGUAACAAAGAGAAGACCUUCUUACUUAGUACCACAGAGAACAUUGGCAACCUGCUGCUCUCUGCUUUUGGUUGGAGGAGUGCAGCUGAGGAACAUCUCCCAGUUGUCAUCAGUCUUGGUGCUAGUUCUUCUAGGCUUGCAACACAAUAACUAAGCAUGCAGAGCUCCUGGUUUGUGUGGCUAUUACCUUCUCUCUGUCCACUUUACCGUGAUGCAAAGGCAGCAAACAGAUGAUGUUGUCACCUCCCCUUGUGAGAGACCAAGGCCCCCUGGCACUGCAUGCGUCUGACCAAGGAAUUAUGCAGGUUCCUGUUUUCUUUUCAGGCAUUCAUUUGUUUUAUUUAACCGUAUUUUUACCCUGCACCCCCAGCAUACAAGUGCUCCCUGGUGGGGCUAAGAAAAAGAAUAAAAAACCAAUACAAAAUAAAAACAAUACAAUUACGAGAAGGGAACUGCAGGUAAAAACAUGAAAAAUGGAAACCUCCAAGGGAAAGCAAAUAAAACAGGUGCAGUUAAAGGUUUAAAGGUUUAAAAGCCUGAGGAGAGUAUGGGAACCAAGCAAACCUCCCCAGGAAGAUCACAGACAAGAAGACUUGCAGAAAGCAGGGCAUGCGCUGUGCCUAUCACACCCUCUAUUGUGGUGUGUGCAUUUCUUGUGUGGGUGCUAUGUACAUGUGUGGUUUGUAUGCUCUAUGUCAGGCGUGGGAAAUUUUGUAAGUCUAAUAGCUGCAUUCCUUUUUAAAUUUUGUAUUCUUUUUGUUGUUGUCAUGUUUGUACUUGUUGCUAACAAAUCAAUAAAAUUAAAUACAAAAUUUUAAAAAAAAAGAGUGCCAUGGGUGCCUAUCAAAAAAUGGCUGCCAUGGGAAGAAUCACAUAAAAGAUUAGGGAGUACAGUCAUUGCUGCUCCCCCCUCCCCCUCACCACCUCAUGGCUACCAUGGGAAGUCAGGUGCAUCCAGCUGGUUCUGAUUGUGAAGAUUAUGCACACAAACACCCACCUACCCAUGAUAGGAUGCUGUCGCCGUCUAAUAACAACAAGGAGCGUUACCCAGUACUAGGAAAAACAUGUUAGAUGGCCACACCACAUACUGCAUUACUCUCAAAUAACAAAAACAGUAUGUUUUACAGUAAGUUAAGUAAAUACAUUACUUCAGUAGAUGAAUGUGCCUUAUUUAUGUCAAGAAUCGAUAAGAGGCAUUCAUAGCAAAAUAAGCUCAAGCCAAGAACUGAAUAGGUGACUUGUGUAUGUCUUCUUCCUUCCUUUCUUUACCUGGGCAUUACCUCUGUGUAGGAAAAGAAGCUGUUAUGAUCCUCCCUAGGAUUCUGCUUCAGCAGUUGUGUCUAAACUUUAGGGGUAUAAGAAUUCCAGGAGUGGUAUUCAACUCAGUUUUAUUCAGAGUCCAUUAAUUUCAAUAGGCCUACUCUUGAGUAAACCUCCCAAGUGGAGAAUAAACAUGAACAGGAGUAUUGGAUGUAGGAGUCUGUGCCAUGAGAACUUUAACUUUCAUUUUUUUUAAAAAUGCAACAUCUCUGCAACUACAGAGGGUGUGAGAUAAUGCAUCGUGAAAUUUCAGAACACAGAGGGAUGGCAGAGUAAGACAUCUAGUAUUUCAAAGGGGUCGAAUUUCAUGUGCUUCAUAUCUUUGCUCCACCCCAUGACUAGUUAUAAACAUUUCCAGAUGUUGGUUUAAUGUGCAUACAUGUUGCAGAACCCUGCUUUUCUCGGCACAGAGUUUGGAUUUCUCUGGUCAGAUCAUGAGGCAUGAGAAGCCAAACAGUCACAUUAGGAAAAAAAGCCGGUGCUGCUUGGAGUAUUUUCCAGUGUGAUCUUUGGGGAUAGAUACUUAGAUAUAAAUCUAUUGUGAGGGUUGAAGCAAAUCUCUGCCCUAAUGGGGAGUGUUAGUGGAUGCUUCAAAAUAAAGUUGUUUCAGCUUAUAGCAGGGACUGAAGCAUAAGAACACAGUCAGUGACCCUUGGAAUGCAUGGGGUUGGUUUAACAUUCAGGAAGCAUAUUCAUACAGUCACUGUGUAUUUAACAAUCCUUGGUUGCUGGAAGGCCCCCAAGUGCUUUUUGCAAUAGCCCAUUUCUGUGCUGGCUGGAGUGGAGAGAAAGAGAAGCAAACCAUCCUUACUUUGUCUGGAGAGCUGAAACAUCUAACUCCAUUCAAACUAGGUGUUGCUGCUGUCAGGAAGUAGUCCUCUCUCUGUCCCCAUUCUUCCUUGCUAGUGCUUACAUUUCAGAGUCUGAGUGCGCUACUGAGAAAGGGUUAUUUUGUGCCUACCUGAGUGGGGAAGAAGAGAUUAAAACCUUUGCUUUUCCUGCCCAUUGUUAAAGCUCUGCUCCACAUCCCCGCACUAAUCUACUUUUGCAGGCAAGCCUGUUGGCCUCUAUGCAAUAGGCACCUGACUACAGAGAGGUGUCAGCAGAAUUCAGCCCUUCCAGGAUGAGUUAGGGUGGCUGAGAGUCCCCAAGGUGGUCUCUCUGGUUAACAUUUAUUGUUGUUCUUAAAAUUUCUAUGCCUGCCCAUCCGAAGAUCACAGGGUGGUUUCCAAUAUAAAAACAGAAAACAAAAAUAAUACCCCCAUACACAGUUAAAAAGACCAUAGAUUGUUUAAUUAGCCAAAGGCCUAGGCUAAUUCCUUUUUAAUUAAUUGAUUAAAUUUGCCCAAGGCCUAGGCUAAUUUUUGCCUGGUGCCUAAAGAUCUGCAACCAAGACACCAGGCAAGCCUCCCUAGAGAGAGCAUUCUGCAAGCAGGGAGCCACUGCAGAAAAGGCCUGUUCUCAUGUUGCCACCCUCCAGAUCUCUCAUGGAAGGCACACAAAAACAGGUCUCAGAUGAUGAUUGUAGGGUCCAGGUUGGUUCAUAUGGGGAGAGGCAGUCCUUGAGGUAUUGUGGUCCUGAGCUGUUUAAGGCUUUAUAGGUCAAAACCAGCACUUUGAAUUGGGCCUAGAAACUAAUUGAUAUUUGGGUCAGGAUUGAUAUCAUAGAGCUUUAAGGUUUCUCUAGUCCAACAGGGUAGGCGCUAUUUUGUGAAAUUGCUUUUUCCCAGGCACAGAGCAACUUCACAGUCAGGUCCCUGUGUUUGUUCUGGGAACAAAUAUGUGGCUGCCCCUCUAGCAGUUGUCCAGCUCAGUGAGAUAUUUGCUCAGUUCCAUGUCCAUCAGAAUUCUAAGUAUGGUGGUCCAGGAAGACAAAUGUGACCAUUAUUCCUGUUUCUUUUCCCUUUACAGCUCUUGUAUGAUAGCCCAAAAGCACGACAGGAAGUGGAUCAUCAUUGGCGGGCUUCGGGCUGUCCACACAUCGUCCACAUCCUGGAUGUUUAUGAGAACAUACAUCAUGGGAAGAGGUGCAUCCUGAUCAUCAUGGAAUGGUAUGAAGAUAGAGCUAAAUAGUUAGCUAUACAAAAUACAUUCUGGAGAUUUACAUCAAUACAAAUGACAAAAUUGACAAAAUUUAGCCACAGAUAAACAUGUGAGCCAAUAGGCUUUCUUUUUGGGGUUUUUUUUAAGCUGAGGAAUGCUAGAAAAUUAAUCAAAUACAGUGGUGCCUCGCAAGACGAAAUUAAUUCGUUCCGCGAGUUUUUUCGUCUUGCGGUUUUUUUCGUCUUGCAAAGCACGGUGUCAGAAAAGUUUUGGAAAAGCUUCAAAAAUCACCAAAGUCUUCAAAAACCUCAAAAAAGGCUACCACACCGCGUGCUAUGAGUUGCUCCUCGAAGUCAAGUCGCAACUGUAUUAACGGUUUUAAGAAAAAGGAAACAAACUUGCAAGACGUUUCCGUCUUGCGAAGCAAGCCCAUAGGGAAAAUUGUCUUGCGAAGCAACUCAAAAAACCAAAAACCCUUUCGUUUUGCGAGUUUUCCGUCUUGCGAGGCAGUCGUCUUGCGAGGUACCACUGUAAUAGAUCUUAUUCUAAUUGCCGCUGCUAAAAUUUUUGCAGUUUUUGCUGUCACCUAGUUAUCUUGAUCUGCCAGAAGAAAAGACAGGGUAGCAAUGGUUGAGCGACCUGGUAUGGAUAGUAGUAGAGGGGUAAUAACCUCACUCCUCAAAACUAGCAGUACAUAAGCUACUGAUUCAAUACUGCCAUCUCCACAUGGACAUAAAUGGUUCUCCAGUGGAAUGUGGCUUUACAGAGUUUUCUGGAAUUAUGGGGGAUGGGGGGCCCAAAAUCUUUUUAAAAAACAACAACACAGAACCUUGGGGAAGGCAAGAAUGUGCACUAUUCUUCAUUUGUCUUUUCUUUCAUUAUUCUCUGUGAGUGACUAUUGUUCCACACACAGAAUGCUAGUCCAGUCCAAACCAUUCACUGCAUUGACUUUGAUCCGUGACGGCACAUGUUCGCGUGAGAGCAGAGUCCAUUCUGGCCCUGAAGAAACAAUAGCAGCACCUUGUGGCGAUCCACUCCCUUUCAGAAGUUUGCAUUUAGCUCAACCUUGCCUAACGUAGUAGGAAGCAGAUAUAAGAACAUCCCUGUAGGAUCAGACCAAAGGCCUGUCUAGUUCAGCAUCUGGUUUCCUACAGUGGCCAACCAGAAAACCCAACAAGGCAGAAUUUGAAGGCCAUAGCUCUCCCUGCUCUGUGGUUGAUGCUGGUGUCUGAUCUGAUUGAACUGCAUAUUGCCAUUCAGUUCAUACAUUUCCAGGGUGGUUUAUCAGGCUUGCAAGAGGAGAGAGGAGAGGAGUUAAGGUUGAAGGAGGCACUAAUGCCCUGUUGCCAUAGGUCAGAGAGAGGCAACAAAUUGUCAGAGAAAAUAGAAGGUGAGGUCUUAGCUGUGCUGGAAACAGGAUAGCUUAGAAUCAUAGCAUUGUAGAAUUGGAAGAGACUCUGAGGAUCAUCUGGUCCAAUCCCUUACAAUGCAGGAAUAUGCAGCUGCCCCAUACGGAGAUUGAACCUUGGUGUACGGGGAUCAAACCAACACCCCAACCACUAGGCCACACUCUGGCUCUUGUUUGUUUGGACCAACUUUCUCCAGACAUACUAGGAGGCUAAAAAUUCUGCUGUUAACAAAGAACUCUGUUUUGAAGCACACCAACCAACUUCCUGAAUAAAUAAUGUUGAUAUUCCCCUUGUGUUGCCAGGACAGGCUUUUCAGGGGUUUAUGUUUGUGAAAGCUCCUGUAAAGACAUGAUGAUCCUGUGCAGACAUGAUCUGAGAUGGUGAAUAAAUGAAUGUAGUUGAACUGCUGUUUUGGCAAGCUCUCAAAAACCUGGAGGAGAUGCAGAGGGUGGAGCCAGUGCUGGUGUGUUGAAACCCCCCUCCCUCCCUGCAAUAUAUUGUUCAGAGCCAAAUUUGUAAGCUGAACAUUGAGUAGGUACAUAGGAAACUGUCUGACUUGCAUCAAAAUCAGUGGAGAUAUAGGCAAGCCUAGCUUCCCAUAUCUUUGUUCUAAGGGUUCCAUUUCACAUCUUGGCCCAAAAAAUGUUUGCUCAGAUCACAUUUUUCCUCUUUAUCAUUAUGUGGUUUCUUAUGCAGAGUUUUGAUAGGGCUGGCUUUGACUCUAUCUUUCAUUUGUGUGUUAUCUUCCCCUCCUUUUGCUGCCUCUGUUGUUUUUCUCAUACUUUUCAGAAUUUUGAUGGCAUCAGAACAACAGGGAUUACUCUUUGCCUUCCUGCAGUACUGUCUGAUGUGCUCAUUUCCAGUAGGGUCAACAAAGAGCAGUGAUUCAGCUUUCUCUGAAGAGCCUGCCUCUAUAUUAAAACCGCAGGCUUUACAGCUUUUUUGUGCUUUUUUUGUUUGUUUUCUUCCUGCUCAUUCAUAUGUAGGUUCCAUUCUGCACACGGGCUACCUUAAAGCCCAUUAAUUUCAAUAGGAUUUAAGCUGUGAUCCUGUGUGCUUUAAAGUAGAUUAAAUCCUAUUGAAGUUAGUGUGAUUAAAGUAGCCUGUGUGCAAGAUUGCAACCUGGUCAAGAAGCAAUGUGGUAGGAAAUAUAUAUGCAGUGCUUUUUUCUGGAGGGAUGCAUACCCCUAAACAUUUUGUGAAUCUAAGUUUGGCCUCAUUGAGGGGCAGUAUUUCAAUAUGAGUAGGAAAAUGAAAGUACCCCUAAACAUUUUUUUAAAACAACAACACUGUAUAUAUGAAAUAUAAUGUAACAAGUGGCUGAAGUUUACAGAGAUAUUGCUAUGCCUGUAUCUGAGGAGUAGGCAAAGGGAAGAUUGCUGCCUUUCCUCCCAUGUACUUUUGCAGCCUUGCUUUCCAAGUACAGUGGUACCUCGGGUUACAUAUGCUUCAGGUUACAUACGCUUCAGGUUACAGACUCCGCUGUAACUCCGUUACAGACUCCGCUAACCCAGAAAUAGUGCUUCAGGUUAAGAACUUUGCUUCAGGAUGAGAACAGAAAUCGUGCAGCAACGGCGCGGCAGCAGCAGGAGGCCCAUUUAGCUAAAGUGGUGCUUCAGGUUAAGAACAGUUUCAGGUUAAGAACGGACCUCCAGAACAAAUUAAGUACUGAACCUGAGGUACCACUAUAUCUGAAUGGUCCUGGAAAGCACCCCAAAGCUCUAAAACUCUGCAAGCAGGACACUUUGAAUCCAAUCAGCAACAUCUACAGAACAAGCAUCAUAGUUUCUUUAUAUCAGAGCUGUUUUAGGCAUUUGAGCAACUGUGAGGCAAAAUAGUUACUGAGGCCUUCAUCUAUGCCAUAAGGCCACAGUAACAAUGUCUUGGCCGCCUUUUAAGGAUAAUAAAGCUAAUAUUAGAAAUGCACACAGCAGAUAGGAAGUGGAAACAGCAGUAUUCAUAUAUAAAAAUACCAAGCUACUGAGAUGGGACCCCCAUUGUGCUAGUAUUAUGAAUCCUCUGUGUGUUUGCACUUUGUUCACAGCAUGGAGGGAGGGGAGCUGUUCAGCAGGAUCCAGGAACGAGGCGACCAAGCUUUCACAGAAAAAGGUACAGCAUUAAAUUGUUUUUUCUCUAUGUGUGUGUGUAUAAAGAGCUUGUAGAUCAGGUGGGGGGCUAGUGGCUUUUUGUCAGAAAGAAAACCCAAAUCAGUCUGGAUCAUAUAAUUUGGAGAGGAGGUGUACAACUCCCUCCUCUGUCAAGCUGCAAUGGCUACGAUAGUGUGGAGCCAGGCCAUCCACAUGAAAGGGAGGCCCUACUGUGCUUCUGAGAGCCAGUGUGGUGUAGUGGUUAAGAGCGGUAGUCUUGUAAUCUGGGGAAACGGGUUCGCGUCUCCGCUCCUCCACAUGCAGCUGCUGGGUGACCUUGGGCCAGUCACACUUCUCUGAAGAAGUCUCUCAGCCCCACUCACCUCACAGAGUGUUUGUUGUGGGGGAGGAGGGGAAAGGAGAAUGUUAGCCACUUUGAGACUCCUGAAGGGGAGUGAAAGGCGGGAUAUCAAAUCCAAACUCCUCCUCUUCUUCUUCUUCUUCUUCUUCUUCUUCUUCUUUGCCCAGGAACUCUCAGUAGCUUCUUCUUCCCCAGGCACUUUGAGGAAACAGGUGAAGGGGCUUAAAACUUCACCAAAGAUUUUUUUACAAUUUUUCAAAAGUAUCAUUCGAAAUAGAACAGGUAACGGGAGGGGGGAAUGUUGUCAAUCAACCAUAACAAUGAGAAUAUUCCACUGAUCCUGACUUAAACACAUAAUUUAAUAUAGGCAGUCCAUGGGUAGAAUUCAGCAUCAUACUGUUGAACGUUCUGUCUUCAUAUGCAUGUCAGCUAGCCAUAUAGAACAAUGAUUCCCCACCCCCUCUCCUAUGCACUGUUGGGAGCCUGCCAAUCUGAUCUCCCAGAGCCAAUUCUGAGAGAGGAAGCCCCAUUGCACAAGCAGAAGUCCUCGUGCACGGCUUCUGCCAACUGGCUUUAGGUGGCUCAUGCCCCAUAUGUCAAAACAGGUAUCCAAAGCAGACUGAUGAUUAUAAACUAUACAUUCAAACAUAGAAAGUGCAAUGAGAUCUUUAGAUCACUGAGUAGUAGAUGGUAAGUGUUUCUCCUUUCUGCUUUGCAUUUUACGUCUCUCUGCUCAAGUCUGAGGGCUCAAAGGGCAUUCAGAAUCUUACUAUGAGUUUAGGUGUGAAUUGGUUAGUCAUACCAUAGGAACAAGUAGUGUAUACUGUACGUAUGCACCAUACAUGACUUUCUGGUCAUUUUUAUGUUGCCUUCUAGGAAGGGUGCUGCAGAGCAGGAGAGUUUAAGAUGUGUGGAGGCAUAGUCAUUUGCAAAACCCAAAACACAGCUGUUGGGGCUAAUUUUAGUUUUUCCCCUGUCUUGACACUAGCCCUGCAAACAAACAAGCUAGUUGCUAGUCAGAAGCAUUGCCUAGCUGCAUAUCUCUGAAGUAUGGAGGGAAUGUUAAUGUGACCUUUCUCAUGAAUUUUUAUUUCUAGAGGCCUCUGAAAUAAUGAGAGACAUUGGAACAGCCAUUCAGUAUCUACAUGGGAUGAACAUCGCCCACAGAGAUGUCAAGGUGAGGCUUGAAAAGUGCCUUGGCAGAGAAGAGAAAUGCCUAAACCAUAACAAGAAAAUGGACAGUGGUGACUUGACACAGGCCAUGUUACUACACUGAGAGGAACUAGUGUGUCCCAGUUUUUAAUUGUGCGAAGAAGAACCAUCUUGGUCAGGAUCCCAAGUAUCUUCUAAGUAUACAGUUGUCCAGAAGCUCAGUGCAUUUUUAAAAGACUUAUUGAAGAAGGCCUGAUGUUUAUUUAAAAUCUGCAUCACCACAUUGCAAUCUACUGAUAAUAAAAUACAAACUUGAUGCUGGGCACCACACCACCUAUCAGCCUAGAGGAACAGAACAAAGCCUACAGUUGAAUAGAACUUCCCCCCAGAAACCUCUCCUGCUCUCCUGUUCAGCCUCAUUUUAUGUUUCUCUCUUGACACCAUCACAGCCAGAAAACCUGCUUUAUACAUCUAAAGCGAAGGAUGCAGUACUGAAGCUUACAGACUUUGGAUUUGCCAAAGAGACGACGGUGCAGAAUGCGCUGCAGACCCCCUGUUAUACUCCCUAUUACGUAGGUGAGUCUGCAUGUGUCCCCUCCCCCACUUUUCUCUUUAGUUGUUAAGUCCACGGGGAGAACAUGAUUGUGCUUUAGAAAAAAAACCCUCCCCACCUCCCAUUUUCAGAUCUCUGCAACAGUCAGGCUCCAGGCCGUCAGGUACCAGAACCAGGGUUAGGAUCUUGCUUGCCAGUUCAAGUGGGCCAGAUCUGGUACAUGGUUCAAAACAGGUAGGAUAGCGGGCUGGAGUUUAGGCAGCCAGUGUCCUUACCCAAGAAACAAGUUGAUCAGGCUGAGGAACAUGUUCUGAGGCUAGGGCUUUGCAGGGCCUAGUGAGCAGAAAUUGACCCAGGUGUCUGAUGACUCAGAUGGGCUGAUACUGCAUCUUAGAUGGCACCAUCAAAGCACAGUGCUCAGUCUUCCCAGCAUGGGAUGAGAGCAUUGAUGGCUCAGGAAGUCAGGGGCCAAAGCCUGAGCACAGGGAACACCAGUUCAGAACACACACACUUGCGCAAGAUGUAAAAUACCAUGAAAUAUUUGUCAAGCUUCACCAGCACCCAUGGGGUUCAGGUACAAAUACUUAAAAGUAUUAUUUCAACCAGUAACAGCUUUUUUAAUUAAAAAAAAUGCAAAUAUUUGUAGUUUGUGAUCAAAAUAAGAGAAACUGACAUUCACAGUUCUUUUGGUUCUCUUCCUCAUCCCAAUCAGCCCCAGAAGUCCUUGGUCCUGAGAAGUAUGACAAAUCCUGCGAUAUGUGGUCUCUUGGUGUCAUCAUGUACAUACUGUAAGUGUGAAGUGGGGGAGAAAUAGAUUAACGAAGUUGAGCCCUUAACAUGUCAUGUAUGAAUAAACACUUCCCUUCUAUCCCAAACUAUAUCCAUCCCCAAUCAAUGGUGUUUUAAAAUGAUGUUUCCUUUUAUGCCACACUCAGAUAAUUAGUCACUGGGCUAUUACUCAUUCCAUCAGAAGAAUCGACAGACAUCUGGGACUGUGCAUUGGGCUGCUGAAGUUGUGGGGAAGGUCAGGGAGGAGACAAAGAUGUGGUCAUUUCCCAGACAGUACAAUAUCUUCUCUACAUCCCACUCUUUUGUAGCUUGUGUGGAUUCCCUCCUUUCUACUCCAACACUGGCCAGGCCAUUUCUCCUGGAAUGAAGAGAAGAAUUCGGAUGGGGCAGUAUGGAUUUCCAAAUCCUGAAUGGUCAGAGGUAUCUGAUGAAGGUAAAUGGAUUCCCCUGUGUACUUUCUGGUGCAUCAAUGGGGUGUGUGUUUAAUGUUUUAAAUAUACUGUGGUGAGACUGGCCCAGCAUAUAUGCUACUUGGAGAUCUCUAAAAUAAAAGGAGUGUAGCUCAGUGGUAGAGUGUCCACCUUGCAUGCAUGCAGAAGGUCCCAGAUUCAAUACCUGGCAACUCCACAUAGGGCUGGAAGAGACCCCAGUCUGAAAUUUUGUGGAGCUGCUGCUGCCAGUGGAUCAUACUAUAGACCAGUGGUUCCCAAACUUUAUUUUUACCCCUGAACCACUUGAAGAUUGCUGAGGAUCUUGGUGGACCACUUCUGCCUGUUGUCUAGCAAUUGUAAUUUGUGUGCUAGACGCUAAUGUUGCUAUGAUGCUUAUGAACCACCAAGGGUCCAUGGGCCACACUUUGGGAAAUUCUGUUGUAGAUAGUACUGAACUAGAUGUGCCAAUGAACUAACAUGGUAGAUGGUAACUUCCUAAAAGGUUUUGUUAAACCUCCCAGAGUUUAAGAAAAGUAAACAUCUGCCUCUUACACACAAUGUAAAGAAGUUUCAGAAACGCAAAAUACCAUUAAAUUAACUCUGCUUCUCAAAUACUGUUCCUUCAAAUCCAACACUUACAUUAGAGUGUAGAUGAAAAAAGUGCUGCACCAGAAAAAAAAGUGGGCAGGAAUCGGAUCCCAGUAACAACAACAGGGCACCAUCAUGACUUCUGUGGUAUUUUCCUUGUCUAUUGAACUGGCUGUGCUAGUGCCUUGUUGACAUGUGCUACAACUUGAGUAACACCUACUGCUUGCAGGCAUGAUGCUCCCUAAGCAGAUUUUGUAGCAGAGGGAUGAGGCAGCAUGUGUAUGGCAUCGUGAGUAGCCUACUGAUGCACCACAGUAGAGUCAUUUUGCCACCUCCGGGCCGGCUUUGUUGGUACAAUCAUAGGCAUCUGAUAGUUGCAGCUGAUGUACAUAACGGGUGAGCCAUCCUUAGUUCACAGAGAAGCUGCAGCAAUUACCUUGAUGCAGGUCACACUGUACUGUCACAACUAUGUUUAGCAGUAAUAGAAAGCCCUGUCAUCCAUCUAACACAAGAAAUCCUGCACACCCCCAAAUCCUGUUUCCUGUUAGAAACUCCAGCUCCUUUCUGAGCUGUCCUAGGGACAGCUGCAGGGAAAUGUUGAUUCCUGCUUGGCCAGCAGAAGGAGGUUUACAGGACUCCUGUGUAAUCUUGGAUAUGAGCACCUCAUUAAGAGAGUGAGUUGAGGGAGCGGGGAAAUGUGUGGGAAAUGCCUCCCCCUCCUGCCACCCUGAGACACCCGUGAUCGAUCAGAACCCCAAACCUAAGUUGUUGGUCACUACAGUCAUUGUUAGGAAUGAAUCUCACUUUACCAGUGUUUCUAAGUCAGAAUUGAAGGGCUGAUUCAUGUACGCAUUAGUCGGGGUGCAAAUGUGAGGUAUCCAAAGUCAGACCCACAUGCUCCAAGGAUUUAUUUCAAAAGCAUGGAUCAGUACUCCAAACGUUAUUUGUUUAGCAGAAAUUUAGAAGCAUAAGCCGUUCCUGCAUUUAAAAUUCUGCUGAUCUGUUAUGUCAAAAUCAGAUUUCACUGCACUCCAGGCUCGGAAAAUGUCAAGAAUUCUAACCUUUUUCUGGACACAACAUAAGACCAUGGCCCCAUGUGAAAAGUGAAUCUGUGGGCACACACACAUGCACUUCCAGCUGAACCUGUGAAUGGAGCCUAUGUGUUUACAACAGUUGUGCAGGCAGGCUGUGUUCACAGGUUUGGAUGAAAGUGUAGGGGGCGGGGCCUGCUUCUUCGUCACAUUUAUUUCCACAAGGAUGAACAUGUGACCAAUGCCUACAUAUCAUGGGACUAAACGAGCUGUAGAAACUUUGUAUAAGAUGGUACAGAUGUUUCGCCUGCAGUCCUAACCAUGCCUAUAUGGAAGCAAGUUCUUUUUAACUUGGUGGAACUUCUGUAUAAAUCUGAUUAGGAUUGGGCAAUCAAAUGUGGAUCUAAACACCUGCAGCAAAGAGUAUUUUUUACAGCUCAGCUUAUGAAACUGUUUAACUCUGUAAUUUUGUUCUUUCUCCUGCUUCACACCUUUCAUCGCUUUUGCUCUCUCUUUGCAGCUAUAUAUUUAUUGCAAUUAUUUCUAUCCCAUGUUUCAGGAUGCAAAUCCUUCCAAGUAACAUCAAUGCAAUUUAAAAACACACUGUAAGGAAUUACAACAUUUAGCACGUCAUAAGGAUCCUUCUCACUGGCAGCUGGUGACAGAUGGCUUUGUGCAGAGAAGAGCCAGUCCAGGCUCCUCUCAGCACAGGAUCGGGCAAUCACACUCUCUGUGAAUCCUUCCCAUGGGGUAACUGGUAGUUGGCCUUAUGGUAGGCAGCUGGAGCAGGCAGGGGUAACUUCUUCACUUGGCCUAUCAUUAAAUAAAUAGUAUAUACGUGGUAGAGCAUGCACUUUGCAUACAGAAGGUCCCAGGUUUGACCCCUGAUGAUUCCAGGUAGGGCUGGGAAUGCCCUCUGCCCCAAACCCCGGAGAGCUGCUGCCGCCAAUCAUUGUAGACAAUACAGAGCUGGAUGGGAGAAUCCAAAUGAAUGGACUUGGUAUAAGGCACGUUUCCCAUGUUUUAUACAGUCAUUUGGAAGUGUCAGACUUUCUUCUGACUUGAUAGCAGAGGAAAAGUGACAAGAGUUCAAGGGUUCUUAAUAGUUUGAAUUUUGUAGGAUCUUGUCAUUGAUGUUUGUCUUUUUGCUUUUCAGUUAAGCAGCUAAUUCGUCUGCUGCUGAAGACAGACCCAACAGAGAGGAUGACAAUUUCUCAGUUUAUGAAUCACCCCUGGAUUAAUGUAAGUCCUGCACUUGUGUGUGUGUGUGUUUGUGUGUUGGUGUUGUUGUUUUAAUUUGGACAGGAGGCUGCCUGCUGUGGUAAGAGGGAGUAUAACUCAUUUAACCAGGAGUCUGCCCUGUAUAAAAGGGAUAUAAUUUCCACUCUGCAGUGUGAGAGAACUCUUGGGGGUGGGGUAAAAUUUCCCUGUCAGUGGCAGUCAAGGACACUACACCCCCAUCCCAACUGCUCCCGGCUAGCAUUUUCUGUUCAGUGCGCCAUGCACACGCCCUCCUUCCCUCACUUAUAAAAAAAGCCAUGUUACCUCAUCAGUGUAGGAUUUAUGGAGGACUAUUAUUAGACAUUCAAGGCACCGUCGUGCUGAACUGCUCUCUAUUGAUAUGAAUAGAGAGCCUCCUGCUUUAAGGGCGUUUUUGGUCUUUGGCACAGAUCUGGAAACGUUGGGGUUAUUGAGUGGGGUGAUAGUGGAGGUUUAUGUGCAGCACUCUAAGAAAACAACACCAGAAGCUGAUUUUAAUGGGUGAUGCUAACUAAAAGGCCAUGGCAGGCUCUCAUGUCAUAGAAUUCUUUGCCUCCAGCAAGAAAACAAGCCGCUGCUAAGGCUACAAAUCUGAGCAGUUUCAGGGCAGCUUUUCUGUCUAUUGCUAUGGAGGACUCACUGGAGUUUUGUGCAUUUAUUGUUUCUUUAUUAGAUUUCUAUUCCCUUCUGCCAUUAAGGUUAUAUCCCUCUAUAUAUGUGUCUAUAUAAAAAUAAAAAACAAAUAAAAAGGAAGGCAAAGAACACAAAGAAAUUAAAUGUCCCUAAAUAAUCCAUGUAUUGCCCCCAAGAGCAGCUGGCAUGCAGUUGUCGGGGGUGGCUAACAUUUUUAGGCCUGUGGGGAGAUCUGGAUUUUUGAGUAAGUGAUGUGGGCACCACCCGCUCUGAUCCUUCUCAUUCCCUGGAUCAGCCAUCUCCACCACAGAGGGGCAGAAAGAGAGGAAGCACACAUGCAUGCACACACACUUCACUUUUCUCAGGGUUCUGGGAAAAAGAUUAUUAAUCUGUGCAGCAAAAACAAGAGGAAGUGGGGAAGAGUAUCACUCUCCCUCCUUCAAAUUUGAUGUGCUUUUCAGGGGACAAAAAGUAGCCACCCUCGUAACCAAGGCUCAGUGACUGGGUGUGCCAAAAGAGUUUUGAGGGUGCCAGGGGAAGACCUCAAGGGCACCACUUCACCCGCAGUGCCACACUGGCAACUGCUGCUCUAAGUGAUAGCAUGCAACCUCCUAACAGCUGUUGGUCAUUUGGCCUCUUAGUGGACCAGGCAAACCUCCACACUGAAGUAAUUCCUCUCAUGACCCUUCCCCCAGCCCCAAAUUCAAGGCAAGCACGGUGCUGCUGUUCUGCGGACUGCUUUUACUUCAUGCAGGACUAUACUAAAGUCAGAAGAGUUAAUUAACCUACACUGCAUUUGCCUUCAUUCAUAGAUCCCAAAAUUUAUUAAAUGCAAAGGAUUUUGGCCUUAGUCAUUUGUAACUGGUCUGGAAAAUGAAGCAGUAAUAAAUGUAAAUAGCUUGAUUGGGUCACACAGACUGGAUGCUAUACUUGAUGCAAAUCUAAAGUGAAAAGGAGGUGUUUAAAGUAAGUAAGAAGCAGCUCUACCAUGUGCUGACAUCUAAACAAAAAUGUGGUUGAAAAGAGAAAUGCCUUGAAAGCUCCUGGGAUUGUGUGCUACAUAGAGACAGUGGUUAAAUAGACAUCUAGAUGCCAUCUCUAUGAGAACAAGUAAAGUCCCAGUUGAUGCAUCAUCUCAGCCUCAGUGACAAUGUGUCAAGGUAAAUAGUUAAGCAGGUGGACAAGUUAAGUGUACAUGCAAAAAUGUUCUUCUAAACUAAUUGGUUGAAGUAGAAGCUGGAGGAAAUUAGCCAGGAGUAUAUAAGUAAGUGAAGUUGUGAAUGAGCACAAUAAGAAAUUAAAAUCCUGGUCAUCCAAGGUAGCUUCACCUGAAAUGCUAUUCCUCCCAUGUUCAGGGCCACCUAAAUAGGCAGAGCUGAAGGGUUUCCAUGCAUAGAUGAAAUGGUGCUAUCAGGAAGAGGACGUAGAUUUGUUAGGGAGCAUUCUGGGGAACAAAGCCAGAUCCAUAUAAAGGGAUGGGCUCCGCUUAAACCAAAAUAUUAUCCGUCUGUUGGUCUUCAGUCAAUUCAGAUUUAUUGCUUAUAAGCCAUCACAAUAUAGAACACAGGUGGGGCUGUUAAAUAUAAUACAACAAUAUUGAAGUGUAUUAUUCACCACCUUCCGUGCAUGAUAAUCAUGUGUUAUGGCUGCAAAACACAAGGCUUGCAAGUGAGGUUAACAGAUUCUGCUAAGCUGUUGGGGGAAGUCAGGUUCUCCCUACACACAACCUAAUAAAAUAAAAAAUUCAGCCCUAAAUAUUGUUCAGCUCAGAGACCUGGUGCUUCCAAAUCUCAGAUGAGCUAGAUUGCCUCCUGAACUUAAUAUCAAAGAAGUGGCAGAGCAUGCCCUUUUCUUAAAGUUUACAUAGAAUGGAAUGGCAAAAGCAUAAAGGGAACACUCAGCAGCACAGAGCCUGGCAGGGACUCUUAACAUCCCACCAAUGCAGUUUUAGUCUCUCUCCUUUCCCUUUUCCCUUGGCAGAUAACAAAUGCAACAGUAGUUAGGAGCCAUCUUGUAAUGGAAAGAACGAAUGGAGUUGCAGGGGCGAUGAAUGUACAUGCAUACACGCCAUCUGUCAUUAUUUUCUCAAAGCACUUUAUAAACACUAAUUUAUCUUUGCAGUCCUCCCUGAAACAUUUGUUUCUUUUUCUAUAUUUAAAUAACCUAGGAAGAAAGCAGAAUACUGAUUUGACCAACAUUCCAUACAGUUGGCAAGGCUCAGGAUAAAACACAAAAGGGAUUGUCUCAUGUUUCUUGCUGAUAAUUCCCAACCACAUUCAUUUAGACACAUUUGUGUUACCUAACUAAUUACCUUUAUAUAUUGCCAGUUCUCUUUGUUGGUACAUCUCCAGUAUAGGGGCCACUGGGUGUAACAUUUCCCUCCGGGCCUAUGCUUGUGGAAGGAUUCUCAUGAGGUAUCUCCAUGAAGAAACAUGGAGUCAAAAUGGGCCAUCUUUGUGGAUUUCCCAGAAGGAUCCAUAAGCAGGAUGCCAAGGGUACAACUUACUGCAGAAGUAUGUCCAGUGGUUUGCUGUCAAAGCUAGUCCUUCCCUCAAGGGAACCUGGGAACUGCAAAGGAGCUAGGGAUUGCUGAACAUACUGUUCUCAGGAGCCACAUUAAGCUGCGGUUCCCAGUGUUCUGGCUGCAGAGUAGGAUCCAUGGCAGCAGAAUCUGAUUUGAAAGCACUUUGUGGCAGUGAUACUCAUAAACAAAGAGGCAGUACAGAUAACUCACAAUAUAGGUUCCUGGCCAUUGCGUGUAUAAGCAAAAUCACGUAAAGCCAGAACACCCCCUAGAAAAGCAGGAAAACACAUUUUUUUAAAAAUAGCUGCACUUACCAGUGCGGGGCAAAUGCAGCCCUCAAUCUUCCUCUUAGUUUUCCUCCUUCUCUCCUUCACUGGAUACUUGCUGCAAAUGAUAUGAGGACUGGGGUGGGAGGUAGGGAUUGACAGGUAGCCAGAAGAUGUUUUUGGCUGUGGUUAAGAUCCAGAGGAGGGUUGCCUGUGCACAUCCGCUGAUGGUGAUGGUUUCUUUGUCAGAAGCAUUGUGAUUGGCAGCUGCAGCUGUUUCUUGAGCUCAUCAAACAUUUCCUUGUAAAGUCUCAGAGUGUCUGUAAUCCCACGGAUGAUCUUGAGGCUGUGUUCCAUGGUGGGGUCAAACUCUCCAAUCAGAUCAUUUGUGUGCUUUUAAGAGUUUUCCUGCUCUCCCACCCCCUUUCCCCCUCCCCUGCUAUUUUAUUAUUUUCCCCCAAUGCAAUUUUUGAAUCAUUCUUUAAAAAAUUAUUAUUCAGCAAUGUGCUUAAAGUUGUGAGCGUGUAUGUUAAAUAAGUGUGAGCUGCAAGUUACGUGUAGGAAAAAGAAAAUCUCCUUUGUGCCUGAAGUGUGGCAACCCGCACUCCUUUUCACUAUUAGACUGUUUCUAUUUCAUUUUGACCUAAAUACCUAAAUCUGCCAUUCUUUUAUACUGGACCUUUUCCUAUGGUGCAUGGCUUGGCUGGGUUAUGCCGUCUGGAGCAGCUCUCCUCUGUAAGGACCUUCUUGCUGCACAAUUGCUUCCAUUCAAUUAGCCCAUAUUGCAUAAGCCCCAGGCAGCAUGACCAAGUGUCAAGAAUGAUGGGAGUUGUAGUCCAGCAAUAUUGGCUAUCACUGGCAGAAGCUGAUAUGAAAGCAAGAGGGCCUGGAAGGCAUGACCUCCAUGCUUAUGUGCUGAAGCACAGGGUUGAUCAUUUUCACAUUAUGUAGAAAUAUAUUUAUUAGAGCCCUAUUACUGAGUUGGAGAGGAGCGCAAUUUGAGAAACACAGGAACGGAGGGAGCAUAUCACCCUUUACCCUCCUGCUAUUUUCCUGCUCCGGAUUUACUCUUCCCUGGCAGCUUUUCACUCUGGGGUUUCAAAUGUGUGUUUGCCCCUCAGUCUUAUUCCAUAGCUGCAAUCCUAUGGAAAUGACACAUAUUUCAGUCAUAUUGAUAACGCAAUUGUGCUUAGCAAUGCAGCUAAGUACAUUUUUCUCUCUCCCUCCUGUUGCUUAGGAGACAUAUUUAUACAAUUUUCUCAAGACUUGUAAUUACUUCAUCAGCAAGGACGAAGAGUGGUAAUGUGUGAGUGUGUUAUUGUCAGAAUUACUGUUUCUGAAUAGCUGCUUCUUUGGUUUCCUUAGCAAUCCAUGGUGGUGCCACCUACCCCUCUUCAUACUGCCCGGGUUCUGCAAGAGGAUAAAGAUCACUGGGAUGAAGUGAAGGUAAUGAUCACAUAUAUUAGUAGGCUGGGCAUUCGCAAAUCCAGUCAGAGAUAGUUUGCUUGCUUUUCUUUCUGAACAUCUUUUACCAGCUCAUUACCAGCAUUUUCAUAACGAUUGCCCAACUAUACAGAAAUAACCGAUUAUGAUGUUGUCUAUAUUCAGUCAAGGGCAGACUCUAGCACACAUGUCAGUAACCCAUGAGCUGCGGGUUGCAUGCUGCCCAUCCCCUCCACAUGGGUGCCCAGUCUACCUUCUUGAUACUGAAUUUUGCACAGUGAUGGGGAGGAAGGUGCACAGAAAGAGUAAUCUCUGUGCAACUUCCAUGCAAACCACACUCCUUCCAACAUGCCAAUAGCCGUUUGCUGGUCUUGGGGAGCACAGUGGUUCUCCAACUUACCAAACAACUCUUUGGCAGGCAAGCAGGAGCGUCAUCUCUCCCUUGUGGGGUGGACAGAAGUCUGUCCUUUUCUGAUCCAUAGGGAGAGCCAUUGAGUGUGUGCGUAUGCAUACCCAGGCCCUGCCACUUUUUGCCCUGACCAUGCUUAUUGAUAUUCAGCCUCUGAGUGACUACCCACGUCUGCAUGUGACUCUCAGAGGCAAAACACUUUCCAUCCCUACACAUAGCAAAACAGUAUGUUCUAAAACAGUGUUUUCCAACCUUUUUCCGACCAUUACCCCCCUUUUUGAAAUUGCUUCCUUCCUGUGGCCCCCCAUGGGCGUAGCCAGAGGGUGGGGAGGCCAGGGGAGCAGCUGCCCCCAUAAGUAAAAAUCAAUACAAAUUUGAGAUUCUGCCCCUAGUAACAAAAACCUGCCCCCCUGUUUUGCCAAUUAACUUUGCAGGUUCUUUAAAGGACCUUUGGUAGUCAAUAUAUGAGGGAAAAUAUAUUUUUAUGUCAACAGAAUAGGACAAACUCCUGAAACAAUAGCAAAAACAAAACCUCAAACAGUAAGCUUCCUUAAACCUUCUACACAGUAAUAAACCUCCUUAAACCUUCUUAUACAGCAAUACAAAACCCUCUACCACCAAGAAAUAACCCCAAAGGAACAAUUUCAAAGCAACAAUUCCCCCCACCAGACCUUCACCCACAUACACCACCAGAUCAAACUGUGGGAAGCCUCAGCGGUGUUUAGUCCAUCCUCCUCCUCCUCUUCCUCUUCCUCUUGACCACAUUACCCUGAACUAUUUGUACCUGUCUCAACCAGGUGGGGCUAGAUAUCUCCACGGUCGCCACCCGUAGCAAUGAGGGCUCCUAAUCAGGGCAAUCAAACCCCAGUUGGGCCACCCUCAAGGGCAGGAGUGGUUCUGCAAGGACUCACAGGAAGGUUUGGCUGUGUAAGGCCAAACUUACACCUCCUCUAUUUUUCUUGUGCAUUUUCCACUAUACCCCCAACAAAAAUCUGGCUAUGCCCAUGCCCCCCCUCCAGUCAGUAGAAAGGUAGCUAUUUAAAUGUUUUGUUUGCAAAUAGAACAUGUUUUAUUCAUAUUUUUUUUAUAAUUUAUCCAAAAUACAAUUACACAAAAUGAUAGGAGCAUAAUGAAAUAUUGUUAAAGCAGGAAAACAUAGAAUCAUGGAGCUGGAAGGGACCCCAAGGGUUAUCUUUCUACUGCAAUCCCCUGCAACGUAGGAAACUCAGCUAAAGCAUCCAUGACAGAUGGCCAUCCAACCUCUGCUUAGAAACCUCCAAGGAAGGAGAGUCCACAAACACCUGAGGGAGAUCCAUCUUCCAUGUAUUAUAAAAAGUAAACAACACUUAUUUGACCCAUGUUAUUUGGCAGAGAGUGGGAAACCUUCAGAUAUAGUCCCAAAGGCGCACAGGGAGAAUUUUAAAAAGCAAGUGGUCCUCACUGACCCAGUGCAAAAAGAUCAUCAUCAGGAGGAGCCCUGGCUGCCUGGAUAAAGCACUAUAGCCCCACACACGCUUACCUGGGAGUAAGGCCCACUGAACUCAGUGUGCCUUUCUUCUGAGUAGACACUUAGUUAUUUACUAGAUGCAAGUCAUGAGCACCAAACGCCCCUACUCGGCUAGGCACUGGGGUGGGUUUCACCCCACGCCUUGCAGAACUGGGCCAACACUGCCAACUGGCCCUGUGCCCCUCGGCAACAUCCAAAGGCCCUGAUCCACUAGGUGCUGGGGUGGAUUGCAGCCUGCACCUUGCAGAGUCAGGCCCAGGCUGCCACCGGGCCCAGCAUUGGCGGUAGCAACAAAGCAGCUCCUGCUCAUCCAGCCCUAUCCAUUGCCAUCCCACCACCACGCUUACCUGACCUGAGGGGUUCUGGAUUGCGGGCUCUACUGGUCAAAACAGGAGCCUCAGCGAUUGCCCCCUCUUGCCGGAAACAAACUAAGACUGCUCCAAGAAAAUGCACAUGGCAAAAAGGAGUACUAGGCCCUGGUGGGCCACCCCCUUACCUGCUUGCGAUUGGCCAGUCAGGAUUUUAAAAAAUGAUUUUUUCCCUUCACUUCUCACUUCCUUCUAUGGCCCCUUAGCCUCAUGCUGUGGCCCCCCAUUUAUGCAUUUUUCACCUGUGACCCCCUUGUAAUAUCCUUCCCCCCCAGGAGGCCAUAUGGCCCCCAGUUGGGAAACACUGUUCUAAAAUAUUAAAAUAUUGUUAGCGUUAAAAUACAGUGCUUUCAGUAAGGAUUCCUGUAGCGUUGUGUUACUUAUUUCACCUUGGUCCUUCUAAUCUCUUUGUCAGAAAUGUUCAGUAUAAUUCUGCAUAUGUGUUCCUUGUCAUUUAGCGACACAGUCUACUUGGGUAGAAUAUGAGCUCUCUUAUGGGAAGGGCACAACUCUUAGUCUUGGCUGGGGGAGGUCAAUGGAGAUCUGUGGCCAGAGGGUUCUGUUUUCACCUGAACAUGGUAGGAAAGUGGCAUCCACUUCUUAAGACCUAACUAUUGCCUCAUGUGGGUUUUAGGAGGAGAUGACUAGUGCUUUAGCGACCAUGAGGGUGGACUACGACCAGGUAAAGAUUAAAGAUCUGAAAACAUCCAACAACCGUCUCCUCAACAAAAGGCGCAAGAAACAAAAGCAAGGAGGCACCUCUUCAGCAUCUCCAGGAUGUAACAACCAAUGAAGAGAAGAGCGGAAGAUAAAUAUCAAAAAGAACUACUAAUUCAAAUGGGUUCAGCUCAGCUUUUACACCAAGAACAAAGGGUGUACAUCACUGAAGCUUUAAGUGAGUUGACCUACAGAGAAGCUGCACUGUGGCAUCCAAAAUGCAAUGUUCUGGAACUUUUUAUGUGAGCACUGUGGGUUUUUCUAAGGGAUUUUUUUGUUUUGUUUUUAGCAUUGUUUUGUUUUUCCCCUAGAGUUCCAGAAAACCCUAGAAUUCCAGUGGAAGCUUAAGAUGUGUAGUCUACCGACUAGAGGCAGUGCAGAUUCCAUACUUAUUCACAAUGAGCACAAUCCAGCCAAGAUUAAGGAUGUUUAAGUCCCCUUGAUUUCAGCCAAAAAUAUAUUUAGGCCUGUGCUCAAUUUUCUCCAGUUGGAUUCAAUAAGACAUAAAGCUGCUUAAAUUUGGCUGGAUUUAUGUCUAGCAUUUCUAAGAGAAACGAAUUUGUGCCAUCUCCUGUGGCAUAAGCCUCAUGGACAGAAAGUUCAAGAGUCUGGUAAGGAAGCACACAAAAAGGAAUUAGGCAUGUAAGCUUUUCAUGUGUGUAUUCCUGCUUGGUCUUGACACUUUUGCUGUAUUUUAUUUUACUUCUAGGGUUCAUGCUGUCAACUCGCACAAUGCCCACCUGAGCAAGGAAGCAUUGCUCCUGACUUUAAGAGAAAAAUGUUUACAUCUUAAUAAUUUCUUAAGUUGUGUUUCCACUUUCACUGAAACAUGGGGGUUUCAUAGGUGUUGGUAAACAUCCAUUUCUGUUUCGCUAGAGCCAUGUACACUGGGAAGCUGCAACUGACCAUGGCUUCCUUUGGGGACUGUACAUCAGUAUGACUCAGCUGUUCCCUUUUCUUAUUUUGUGUGUAUGCUACAAUUGUUCUGGGUACAUAAUUCUCUCAAUCAGUGUUUAAUAAGACUGAUAUUUUUUAAAAAUUAAGGAUCAAAUAUUAGACUGCAGCAGUCAUUAUUGAAACUUCUGCAGUGUUGAAAUCCAAGGUGAACACACUUGCAUGAAUAACAUACAAGAUUUCAGUUCAAAGAGGAUCCUAUGUAGUCCAGAACGAAGCCUUCAAGUUCCAUUGUUGCAGGUGGGGCUUGUACUUAAUGUAGAGUGCUGGUUUCUAACUUCUACCAUUCUAUGCACUGAAUUAAUAGCAAUCACAUGUUAGACCUUGCGAGCAUCCUGUAAGCAGUGUAAAAGUUAACAAAGGUGGUGAGAAUGCUCCAAAAUUCAAAUAACUACUCAUAAUCACUGCAUCAAGAUGCACAUUAUCACAAAUUUUCAACAUAUAUAUGAGGUUUACUUGACUGAUGAAUUUAUGAUCAACCAAUUUCUUUUUCAGUAUGUUUUGGGUUAGAGUGGACAUGGUGAAAUGUAAAAAAAAAAAAAAGGCACUCAAGUUAUUCGAAUAAACACUUAUUACAAGAUGGUAGCAAAAUCCAUCUGGAACAGCAGUUGUGCCAAACACUCCUCAGUGUCUCAAACCAAGGAAGAUUCUUCGUCUUCUCAUACAAUAUCUCAUGAUAGACUGGUCAUAUGACAUGCUGGUCACGUGCCAUCUAUCCUCAUUCAACCAUUCCAUCAUUCAUCAGCUGUUUCCAAAAACAGGGUGCAGAUGCCUACAAAUGCAAGCCCAUCUAUCUCCACUUCUAGCCCUUUGCUUGAGCUCUCAGAUGUGCUAUGUGGUUUGGAGAGGGUAAGAAAUAUCAAGGAUUUCCACAUGUUGCUGUUAACUUUUCCAAACCUUCGCACAGGGGAGGGAGAGCCCCGAUCUGCCUCAAGGCCUCUACUUCUGUCAAUGGGCGCAAGGAAGAGGUAGAGAUUUCUUCUGCUUCUAGUGCAAUUUGGGAAAGGUAAAAACAGUGGCAGGUGACUCCUACUGUUCCUUCUGCAAACUGCAGUACAAAUGAGAUAAAACCCAUCAUCUCCCCUAAGCUCUCUCCACAUGCUAGAAGACUUCAGAGGAGGGGAUUUGUGGCUACUAAGGCAAGCCAAGCCAAUAUUUGUAGAUCUCCAUGUAAUAAUUUCAUUCCAGGAUUACAAGGAUUACUGGCUUUGUGAAUUGGCAGUGCACAACCUCUCUAUUCCUCACUCAGUGCCUCUCUUUGAUGUACAGGUAGACAUUAAACUGUUAUUAAGACACACUGGAUAAACCUAUGAACUCUUGACUCUUUGUGAAAUAUUAACAUUUUGCAUAUGUUAAUAAAUGGUGCUUUACCAUUUUUUUAAGUGGA